AAAAUUACUAUUUCGCUGAUUACACAGUGUAUUACUGAUAUUAUGAUAAUAGCGGUCCGCCACAAACCCAGAUCAUAUACAAUAUACAUGAUAUAUGAUCUAAGGCUACAAAGUAAACAGAACAGGGUUAUUGCUCAGAGUACGUUUUCGGUUAUAAUAUUAAAAAUUAAUUCUUAAACACAUACUUGUCAACUUAUUAUUGUUGUGAUAUUCGGUUUAAACGCGUUCAAUUUUAUUUUAUGAUGUGUCGACAUUCCAGCGACGUUGUAUAUUUGGGCUGUGGUUAAUAUUAGUCGUCUCGCACAAUAACUAUCAACAAUUUACAACUAUGUUCUCUUGGGUACGAAAUCGAAGACAAUUGACUAGACUAGGUUAGUAUUUUUUUUUUUUAUUUAUUAAUUAGCAGAUAGUUAUUAACCUAACCUUAUUCUUUAAAAAAUAUACGGCAGUUGCACAGUUGACACAGUGUUAGUUGAGGUUUUUAUAAUAUACCUACAUAAGAUAAUUCUUAAAUUUAGUUAUUUUGUAAUACAUUUUAAAAUUUUCAUAGUGUAUUGGUAUUCUUUAUAUUUUUAUAUUUAGAUCACUAAAGUACUAAAUUUUUGUAUAUUAAUUAGAUCGUUUUCACUUUUUCAUGAUUUAUAAAGAUGAUGUUUGUAGUGGAUUAUUGAUAUUUUGAUUUAUUUUAUUUACUUUUUUGUUUAAAACUUAUAUAUGUUUGGUUACAAAUCAAUAGAUUGUUCAACUAUUGUAACUUUUAUGAAGUUAAGGAAUGUAUUUCUUUUUAGAAAUCAAAUUGAAAUUAUAAAUUCAUAUUAUUUGUUAUUCUCCAUAAUUUCUAUACUUAUUAUACAAUUAUUAUUUAUCAAGUCCAUUUAUUUAGUAAAUUUGUAUUAAGUUUAACAUAAAUAGUAAAAUCUAUAAUAUUGCCAUAAAAUUCAUCACAUAUUGAGUUUUAAAUAAUAUAUCUUUAUUUUAAACUAAGUAGGUACCUACGUAAAUAAAUCAGGGCCUAAAAUAGUGUACCGUAUGUAAUCACACUUGUGUAGUAUGAAAAUCAAAAAGUGUAUUGAUUAUUUUAGAGUUAUGUUUACGUCUGUGUAUUUCAUCUGUUAAUAAUCCAAAAAAAGUAUCAUCAAUUUUUAAUGUAUUUCGGUAAUGAGCAACAUGUAGCAAAUUCACAGGAACAUUGCGCUUUCGUGCCAAUAGUCCCGAAAAAAGACAGCAAGCUCUUAUUAAUAAAUUUAAUUAUUUUUUUGUACUUCUAUAGAAUCUAUAGUAUCUUUUUAUAGGAUCGUAUUCCAUUUGCUAAACCAUAUUUGGCAGAUGUUGAAAGAUUAAUUGUAGUACAACAUAAUAAAAACUGCCACAAUGUCUUCUUUGUCUCUUAUAGUAAUACAGAUUCUCUAUGUGUGAAAAUAAAUAUGUAGAGUCUACAUUGUAGAAAUUAGAUGAGUUUAGUUCUUAACCAGCUGCCCUUAAUUGAUUGAACAAAAAAAAAAAAAAAAAGGGAUUUAUAAAUGCACACACAGCAAAAAAUAAUUGUGGUAUCAAGGGGUUUUUGUUGAAGCCCAAGAAAAAUAUGUUUUAUUCAGUACAAUUAUAAUUGAACUUAGAAAAAUACAUUUUUGUUAUAAUUUAUCUAGUCAUUUUUCAAAUAAAAAUGUUUUGUUUUAUUUUUUUAAAGUUAUAUUUUAUUUCUAAACAGAGGGGAAUAGUAAAUUUGGGGAUAGUAAAUAAAUUGUUUUAUGGUUAUUAUGAAUAUCCAAGCGGAUACCUAAGUACAGUAAACAAACUGGUGAUGAUAAGUUUUUUUUUGCUUAUACAGAUUUUGAAAGGGGUAUACAUUUAUAAAAAUAGUACAAUACAAAGUUUCAUUAAUUUAUGAUAAAUAAUAACAUUUUUUAAUUUUCUUAGUAUAUAAUAGAUCACCUUCAAACAGUUAAACUGAAAUACAGUAACUAAAUAAAAAUAAUUUAUAAUUUCAUUUCCUUAUAAUUUAUUCAAGCAAUAAAAUGUAUAUUUCAAAAAAUACUAAAUAUUUGAUUUUGUAUAGGUAGAUCUGUCACAUCUAUAAGGUACUUAUACAAAAUAUAGUAUAUCCUAUAAUAUAUCCUUUAUAUCAUAAAGGAUAAUAAACAAUUAGAGAUCAGUUGUAUUUUUAAGUCGAUUAGCCUAAUAGUAUUUUUUUAGAUAGUAAAUAUUUUAUUAAAUUGAACUGUAUUAUUAUAAUACUUUAGUUUUAAAAAAUAUUACUUACCAAUUAAUAUGUAAGUACUGACCUAAAUCAUUUUUUUUCUAAAAAAUGCUGUACAGAGUAUCUUAUUACAUUAAUAUACCAUACAAACAUUAUCUACCAAGGUGAUUUAUUAUUUAAAAUAUUUACUUUUCAAUUUGUUUUCCCUAUGAUAAUAUAUUUGCGAGUAUAGUUGUAUAAUAUAUACUUCCAUUUGCUCUACUUCUUUAAUUAUUAAUAUUGUUUCAGCUAUGUGUUGACAAAAUAAUUAUAUAUUUUAGAUUUUGAGGAGUUGGUUUUACAAUGACGUUUAUUUUUAUUCUGUGAACAACUUUUCUACUAGUAAUUUUGUUCCAAUUUACAAUAAUAGCACUUUUUUUAAAAAAGGAAACCAUACUAGGAAGGUACUUUUAGAGGGUCAUUUUUUGAUUUUCCCAAUAAAUGGAAAACAUUUUAGAAAAAUGUAGGAAAAACCGGAAAAUAGGUACAAUAUUAAAUAAACAUUAUAGAAAAUGUUUAAUGCAUAAUAUAAUUAUUUUACCAUAAUAUGACAUAUUAUGUAUAUAUAUAUUGUUGAUAAAGCACCACUAUGAGGUGAACUCAGCUCAGAAUCAAUUUUUCUUUAGCAAUGGUUAAUCGUUGCUUACAGAUAUACAUUAAAUUUCCGUCCAUAUCCUACCUUCCCAACUUCCCAUCCAUAACAGUGGCUACACCCAGUCCCAUUAUUCUAAGAUAGCUUUUGUUUAAAUAAAUAUUUGAAUAAUUGGAAUAUUUAAAACACAUUGAAACACAAGUAUGAGAUAUUUGCAGUAUAUUUAAGUCGUAAAAUAUUGAGUUUUAAACAUUUUACAAUAUAGUGGGUAGAUUAGUGGGCUAACCUAACCUUUUAUUGAUCAUGAUGCUGUAUUUUAGUUUUUAUUUUUAUUUUUAUUAUUAUCAACUAUUUUACUUUGGAAUGUGUGCAAACUAUAAUUAUAUUUUAUUUAUUAGUUUAGUUAGGUAUAAUUAGUUUAUAAUUAAAUAAAUACAUAAUUAUAAUAGUUGUUGUUUUAGAUAUAGUUACCAUGGUUACAAAGGGCUAAGAAAAACAAAGUUUUUAUAAAAUUACUAUAAUAAAAAAAGUUAUCUUGGUUAAUUUAAGUCUCUAAAAUAAUGUGCUUAGGAUAAUGCCUUUAUGGUCCUUAGAAUUUGGAAUUGUUUAGAUAAAAGUGUACUUAAUAAUUGUUUGAGAGUUGUUUAAUUUAAUAAUUUUUUCUCUCUUUCAAUUUGUGAUUUUACUGUAACUGUUAUAGAAAAUGAUUUUAUAUUGUUUUUAAAUAUUAAUUCAUUCAAUUUUAAAUUCUGAGUGAUCGAAGAAGCUUAUAAUUUUACAAAUCUGAAAAUAAGAUUUAGUAUACCAUAAAAACAUAAAAAAAUGGCAAAAAUUAUUUUUUUUUUUUAAAUAAAUAAAUACAACUGAUAAGAAGUCAAAGUUGUAGAUUGUUCAAUGGGUCAAUAUACUGGACUACUUAAAAAUAGAUUAUAAUAUUAAUUUAAAAUGUAGGUAUUUUUCUUAUGGAUUUAAAUAAAUGACAGAUUUUUCUACUAUUUACAAAAACUAUAAAACAAAUCAUUAUAUAAUGCAUAUGAGCAAAAAAUAGCACUAAAAAUCUAAAAUACUUCAAUUAUACAAAAAAUAGCAAUAUAAAAUUAUUAAUAAAAUAAUAAAGUAAAAAUGAAAUUAUUAAAAUGGUUAAUACUUGUAAAUAAAUAUAUAAAUGUAUUUAUUUUUUUUGUGGACACCUUUUUUAUCAGAAAUUUUGCUCAGAUUUAUAAUGAUAACACUUUUUCUAAAAGGAAAUCUGACUGGGGAAGAAUUUUAGGAAGGUUAUUUUUUGAUUUUCUGAGGAGUUUUUCCAAGAAAUUGGAAAACCAAAAAAAAAAAACAGGAAAAUAGGUACAAUAUUAAAAAAAAAACUAUUUAUAAAUAAUGCAUAAGUAAUUAUUUUACCAUAACAUAACAUAUAUAUUGUUGACAAAGCAACAUUAUCAACUGAACUACGCCUAGAAUCGUUUUUGUGUAACGAAUGGUUUAUCAUUGCUUAUAGAUAUAUAUUAAUUUUCUCUCUAUAUCCUAUUUUCCCAACUUCUCAUCAACAAAAGUGGGGCUGCACCUGUCCCCAUUAUCCCAGGACAGCGUUUUUCAAUAUAAUUAUGAAGGUAAAUAAAUUUCUUUAUGUUAGAAAAUAUGUGUUGAAUAUGCAUUUAUACUAUUUAUCUUUUAGCUUUUAUAUUGUUUUUGUCAAAAAAAUAUCAAUCAGAACUAUUUAAUACAAGUAGAUGAUUAUAAUUGUAAAUGUACCUUAUUAAACAUGAAACACAUUUACAAUAAAAUUAACUUACUGGUGAAAUAUUUAGUCACUUACUUUUCUUUUUUACUUAAUCAAUUUAAGUUGACAUUACACUUUAUGUUAUUGUGUGACUGAAUAAAAAUUAAUUUUUUAAGAAACUAAAAUAAUCAUUGAUAAAGUAACUAUGUAAACAAAAUAUACAUUUUAUAGUAAUACUUAUAAUUUAUAAUAAAUACUAAAAUAAUAAACAGUGAAUACAAAUGUCACCCUUCAAUGAUUUAUUUAUUUAUUUAAAACAUUAAGGGCAAGCCUAAUUACAUAUUACAUAUAAGUUUAAUUUUUAAUUAACAGACAAAUAAUGAUAAAGCAAUUCAAAGUGGUUAUGGUAAAAAGGUUAAUUGUUCAUUAGCCAUGCCCAUAAUGUGCAUGCACAGAGAAGAAAGGAGUAUGGAAGCAGUAGGGAACACUGUGGCACUAUGAAGUUAAUACUGGAAAGGAGAUUGGGGGCAUCUAUUAAACUGUAUAAGAGUUUAUAUAGAAAUUAUAAAAUGUGAGUUUGAGUAUGCUGAGGACAGGGAAAUAGUCAUGUGGGGCAUGACUAAUCUUUAGAACAUAGGAAUAAUAAUUAAACAAAAAAAAAAAUUGUGUCCUUGUGAAUUAUAAUAAUUUUGAUCUUACAUUUUCAGUUUUUUGAAAUUUUUUUAUUGGAUUUUCGAAAAUUGUAUUUACUCUUUAUCAUAUUAUAACCAUAUUCUUCUAAUUUUAUGACAUACAUUGUGAUUUGUGACACUUAAAUGAUAUACAGUAUUUUUUUUAUUAAAUAAAACAAAAAGCAAAUCACAACAAUUGUAUACUAUAUUGUUUAUCUGUUUACUAUAUUAGUAUUAUUAAUGAAUAAUAUACCUAAUUUACAAAAUAUUGAAAAAUGAUUCAUAAAAAUCAAAAUGCCCAUUACCCAUAUAAGUAAUGUAAGUACUACAAAUAAAUUAAAAUAAUUAUUAUAAAAAUGAAAUAGUAUAACCUAUUUUAUUUUUUAAAACCUGUUGAUUGAUAAAUAAUUGAUUAAAUAAUGAUUAUGAUAACUAAUGUCUAAUGUACCUAUACAUUGAACUACAUUGUUAAAAAUGUUUGCUUUGAUAAAAUAAUUCAGAUAUUUAAACUUACAAAAAAAAACUGAGGUUAUUACCGUGCCAGAGCUUGGUUUUUAUAGCAAAAUGUAUAAUAACACAUCACCAUAGUUCUGACUUAUGUAUUUGUUAUAUUAUUAAAUACUGACACUAUAUAAAUAAUAUGUAUCGCAAAAUACAAAUGUUCACUGUUCAAGCUACGAUCCCACAGUCAUAAUUUCAAAUAUUAAACAUUUAAAAGUUCUUAACAGCCCACAAUUCCUAUUAUCACAUUAAGGAUACUGUAAACAUUAUCUACCCGACAAAUGGCGGAAAAACUUAUUGAUAAGAAUUAUUAUAGUAUGGUCAGUGAAACUAGGCGGUUUCACGCGUUUGGUGUAGACCCAGAUUGAAUAGGCGAGCUACUGGGAAGAUCUCGGUGGACCGCAUACAAUUAUAUAUGUUUUCAAUUAAAUUUAUGUGCAUUGGAUUUAUUUUGUUUGAUUUUGGGCCAGUGAAAAUACUAAACUUCAGUUGGUCUAUACAUUCCCUAUCUGGCAUUGGCCCGUUGGAAAAUUUCAGGUAGGGCUUCCACUCAUGGGUGCCCGUUGGGUGUGGGGGGAGAGAGACAUCUCUCUAGAGAAUAAUAAAGUAUCCCAAAAAAAAAAAAUUAUGUGUGCUUUGAAUCCAUAAAAGUAAAUGUAAAAUAGAUAUUUCAUAUUAUGAUUCUUAUACAGUGAUAUUUGUUAAUUGCUAUUUGUAUAGUGUUAGUAUUUAAAAAUAAAUAAUCUAAUUAUUUACUCAAAUUUAUAGUGUAAACUAAAAUAAACAGUAGAAUAUUAUAAUGUCUUGAUUUCAGCACUUCACAGUUUUUUUAAAGCUAAUGUUUACAUAAUUACCAUUUCUUCCUCAUUCUUUUUCAAGAAAUACCAACCUGCUAUCUAUAUGCUGUAAAUAGUUUUGGGAAUCUAGUUUUAUUCUGUGUUCUCCAUCUGAAAAUUACCCUAUAGGCACUCUUGUUGAGAACUAAUCAAUGCUGGGCCCGACAACCAUCUAGUAGUUUUAUAUAUCUAUGCCUAAUAUUUAUAUAAAUCAGUUUUAAAAUAUUUACACAGGUAUUUGAUUUUCAAUCGAUAUCUAAUUUUGACAAAAAAAUUCAUUAUUAUAUGAAUAGAUAGUAGAACCUCUUGGGGCUUAUAGUAUUGUUUCUGUUAGAUGGAGGAAUUCACUUUAUAGUUAACAAUACAACCCACUGAAAAUUCUCUCUGUGAUAAAAGAUCGGAAUAUUUUCACGGUACCUCUAUCUGUCAUAAUAAGUGACAAUUUAUGAAGUUAGGUCAGGUUGGCAGCUGGUGUAAAAUAGUAUGAACUAUCCCUAUAGGAUGUGCGCGAUGACAAUAGUUGAGAGGAGGUACCAUGGUACAUGAUGUUUGCAAAUGACAUAAUUUUCGUUGAAGGCAAUCUAAAAUAAAUGAAUAAAAGGCUUAUAGAACGGACAGUAGCACACAAAAAAAAGAGACAAUAAGCGGUUAUAUGCGAGUUAUAUUGUUUUAAGUAUCUGGGAUACUUUGUAUAAAAGAAAGGCGACUUUUAUUAGGAUUUUUCCUACGUUUUUCCCGUUUUCUUCCAUUUUUUCCGGAUUUCUCCAAUUUAUUGGGAAAAUUUAAAAAUGAUCUCUCUAAAGUACUUUCUCAAUCAGAUUUUCUUUUAUAAAAAGUUGUAUCAUUGUAAAUAUGAGAAAAAUUUCCGUAAGAAAAGUUUUUCACAAGAAAAAAAAGCUGUAAUAUUUUUUUCUACUAAUACCUACAUUUCAUAAAUUGUCUCAUUUUUUCACAGUUUUUCACAUUUGUUGAAAAAACUCUUAAACAAAUCAAAAAAUUACCUCCCCACAUUGAUUUCCUUUCAGAAAAAGUGCUACACUUAAAAAUCAGAACAAGAUUUCUGAUAGAAAAGUUUUCCAUAGAAAAAAAACCAGCAUUGUAAAACCGUAGGCUUCUUCCCUCCAUUCAAAAUCUAAUAUAACAAAAAUUAUCUAAACUCUUAAGCUACGUUUGUGGUGGUGUAAAGAGUUUAAUAUACAUAAUACAUAAUAUGUAUUAUGAUUAAAUUAAAUUACACAACAUAAUAAAUAAUAUUAAAUAAUGAAUAUGAAUAAUUUUAGAAAAUAGACUGUUAGUAAUAUCAAAUUAUAAAUAUAAAUUUAUAUCAUUAAACAUAACAUUGUUGAUAAAAUUCUUGAUGUUGUUACUUUCAUCAAAAAUAUUUUUUUUAAUAUUAAUUGACAAAUAGUUAAAAUUAAAAAUGAAGUCUUAGGAUAAUGGGGACGGGUUCAGCCACUGUUAUGGAUAAUUUAAUAUAUAACUGUAAGCAACGAUUAAAUAUGGCUUACGAAAAAACGAGUCUGAGCCGCAGAGUUUAGUUGAUAGUGAUGCUUUGUCAAUAAUAUAUAUGUCAUAUUAUAGUAAAAUAAUUGAAUAGACUUUAUAAAUUUUCUUUAAUAAUAUUUGUUUAAUGUUGAACAGUUUUUCCAUGUUUUAUCACGGUUAUUCACAUUUACUUAGAAAACAGCUAAAAAAAUCAAAUUAUCUCCUUAAAGUACCAUCCCAUAGUGAUUUAUUUUCAGAAAACGUGCUACGUUUAAAAAUCGUAGCAAGCUUUCUGGUAGAAAAGUUGCGAACAGAAAAAAAAUGGCUAUCUUUGUAAAACCAUAAACUUCUUCGUUCUACUCAGAAUAUAAAAUUAACAGGACCCAGUUAAUUUAUGAACUUAUGACCAAAACUUGCUUUAGAGCAAUUCAAACGAAAGCACCUUAAAAUUCUUAAUAGUUUGAAUAGGUAGACCCAGUCAGAUUGUCCUUCUUUAAAUAUCCUCGUAUAUGAAUUAUAUUAUUUUAUUGUACCCUUUAUAGAUUAAGAAUAUUUUUAGAAGCACUACCCUAUAGAAAUAUUACAUAGUUUAACUACCAAACUAUUUAUAUGAAUAUUAUCCCACUUGAGGUUACAGUUCAAUAUUAGUCCUAAAUAUUUAAUCCGUUUAACUAUAUUAAUUUUUGGGCAGUUACAGUUAAAAGUGUUUGUACAUUUAUAUAAAACAAUGUCUUCAAAUGGUGUAAAAAUAUUAUUUAUUGAAAAAACCAUGAACAUUGUUUUGUUAAAUUUCAAAAAUGGUUUUAUAUUCUAAAUGGAGCGAAAAACGUAUUGGUUUUACAAUAAUGUUUAAUGAUGAAUAUUAUGGUCUCCUAUUCUUUGGAUAAAUUUUCUACCAACAAUUUUGCUCCGAUUUACAAUGACAGCACUUUUUAUAAAAGGAAAUCUUACUGGAGAGGUACUUUAGGGAGGUCAUUUUUCUAUUUUUCCAGGAGUUUUCCAAACAAAUUAGAAAAAAGGAGGAAAACGGGAAAAUUUAAUUUUUGAAGUGUAGUUAUAGCUGAUAUUUUCAAAUACUUGAAUGAGCACGCUUAGUGAAUUACUCUGUAUACAUAAUAAACAAAAUAGGACCGAGGAUACAUCCUGGUACACUAGGCGUUGGUACAUCAUAUCGAACUUCAUUUUUCGGCCCAAAACACCAUUAACAUUAUACUACUAUAGUAAUAUGCUUUCUCCUAUUAAUAUAACUUUUAAACCAGCUUAAAAAAAUCCAACUAGUAUCGUAACUGCUGAAAACUUUAAAUUACAAACUAUGAUCCACAGUAUCGAAAGCUUUGCUAAAUCUAAAAGUCUACCUAAUGCGUUAUCAUCUUUAUCGAGUGCUUCUGAUAAACAUUUUGUGACAGAAUGUAAAGCAUCUUCUGUAUUUCUCUUAGUUUUAAAAUCAUAUUGGUUUUUUGAUAUGACACUAUUGUUUUCUAAAUAAUCAUAUCGAGCUUUAGUAAUUUUUUCAAAAAUGUUUGAGAUAUUAUUCAAUAUAGAGUUUGGUCGGUAAUAGUUCAUAUUUUCUUUAUCAUCGCCUUUAUGCAGAUAGUUAAUAAUCACUAUAUUGAAUUUAACUAGAAAUAUAACCAUGUUGCAAAUUAAAUUUUUUUUUUAUUUGAGUAUUGUACAAUCUGAGAUUACUCAGAGUUACUCUGUGGUAAAAUUGUUAAACUUAAACAGAAACGCUUGAAAAUUUAACUGGAGGUUCAUUAAGUCUUACUUCGUGGUUAAAAAAAAUUUAAUUUAAUGUGGUAUUUUUUUUUAUAUAGGAAUUUUAAUAUCAAAUUUUGACGAAAAUCGUUUGAGAAGAAAAUUAUGUAGAACAAAUCUAAUUUUAGAUUCUGAGUGGAGCGAAGAAGAUUAUGGUUUUACAAAGAUAUUAUUAUUAUUUUUUUUUAACAACUUUUAUACCAGAAAAUUUAAUCAUAUUUUUAAGUGUAGUAUAUUUUCUGAAAAUAUCUCGGUGUGGGGAGGUACUUUAGGAAGGUCAUAUUUGGAUAUUAUGAAGAGUAGUUUUCUGAAAUUAAAAUUCCGCGUGCAGUUUCGUUACACUGACAGUCUUAAGUAUUAUAUCGCAAGUUUUAAGUAAUAACCAGUUUAAAAAUUUCCAAGGUAUAAGGUGAUAACUGAUAAUCUCUCUACACACAAACGAUGACGUCAUCUGAUUAGGGGUGACUUUCGAUUAUGUAAAACCUCGAUUCAAGAUACUAUUUUAAGAUUAGUAGAUUGUGAUGAUAACACAUUAUCUACUGAUGCCGAAACCAUAUUUUAACAAACCUUCAAGACUGUGGUUGCAUAUGGUUAUAACUACGAACCAUUUUUUUUAGCUUUUACCUAAACAAGAAAAAAACAAAUUCAUUUUAAAUGUACCUAGAGACCCAAGACAUUGCUCACUCGAACUAUUUUAAUCGCAAAAUACCUCUCGGUUUAUUAAACAAACUCUUCUACCAGAAAUCUUGUUCCGAUGUGCGAUGUGUAGAGUGUAGCUUAAUUUCUGCUUAUAGCUUGUGGCUUUUUUAAUUUUUUUAAAUGUAUGUAUAAUUAGAUUCUCAGCAUAGCAGGGAAUCUAUUAGUUUUACCAUGAUGUAUGUUUUUUUUUAAGUCUGAGCAACAUUUGUAGUAGAAAUGUUGCUCCCGUAUUAAAAAAAAAUGCUAAAACAUUUUUUUUGUUUUUUAGAUUUAGUUGAUGAGUAAGUAAUUUUUUUUUUUUAAUUUUCCAAUUAGAUUUCAUAAUUACUAGAGAAAUUGGAAAAAAUACGUAAAGUACAAAUUGAUGAAUUUCCGAAAGAUUAUGUUAGAUUAGGUUAAAAAACUCUUUCAGGAAUUUUCUUUAAUUUGUACGAAUUAUUUUUUUUACCAACAAUUUUACUUUAAUUAAAAAAUGCAGUGAUUGAAAUAUCCAGUUUUGCAUUCAUAUUGUGAUUACGAAUGUUGAAUUUUGAUUUUUCGUGUAGUUUAACUGAAACAAAACGUAGAUAGAACGGGAAAAUUUAAGAAAAUAAUGGUUUUAUUAUUUUUAAUUUUGUUUAAUUGUUAUAAUUUACUUAAAAAUAUUCGUAUUGACUUGAAAUGUAAACUAAAAUCAAUACAAUUUUAAAAAUAUUAUGAAAAUAUUUUGAAUUUAUUUAUAGGCAUUUCAUAUUUUAUAUUUUUUCUUUGGUAAAAAGAAAAAAAAAUUUAAAUUAUUGUUGCAGUUUUUUUUAAUGAUUUAUAUCAAAUUUUCAUAAAAAUCUUAAAUAUUUCAGUAUGCAUUUCAAAUCAUGUAUAACUAAACUACGCUGAGAAUCGUAUUUCAUCAACUCAAUAGUUUAUCUUUAAAUAUAGUAAAAAAUGUAUAAAUAAAUGAAUGAGUGCGUCGCCUGGAGUAUUAUGAUAAGUGUUUUAUACGAUCGGUUUUGAAUUCAAAAUUCAUCAUCAGGUAUAUCACAGUCAAAAUGUAAAACGCGACUGAAUAUAAGAUAAUUAAAUGAAGGAAUACAUAGAAAAAAAAUUUACAAAUUGGUCGUUUUACAUAGAAUAUAGAAAUAGUUUAUCUUUGUUUACAGAUGUAAAUUAAAUAAUUCUAUGUGUCCUAAAUUCUCAUAUUCCUAUUUACAACAGUGGCGUAUCCAUUAACAGUAUUAGCUCUUUUUGUUUUAAUUUCAUUAAAUUAUAUUUGUUGAUAGAACUGAUACGUUUCUGAAGAUCAUCAGUAACAUUGAUUUAAAUGAGUAAUUAAUUAAAGUAAUUAAAGACUAACUAAUUAUCUAUUUUGAAAUUGUGUGAAUUAUCAAGAAGAAAAUGUAUUUGUAGUUUUAAACAACCUAUACUUAUAGCCAGUGUUAGGCCAAAGAUCGUAAUCUGAUUAAUGAUUAAAGAUUACGAUUAAAAUGUGUAGUUGUCAAUCAUAAUAUAAAUUAAUAUAAUCAAUAAUCACAAUAAAAAAUUAUUUUAAAUGAUUAAAGUAAUAAUGUAAUCAUAGUAUUGAUUACGAUUACAAAAUACUUUAAUUUGUAAUCAUGAUUAAUUUUUAAUGAUUAAUGAUUAAUAAUAUUAAUGAAUAACAGUUAUAUUUUGAGAUAAACAUUAUUUCGCUAUUUAAGUCCGCUAUUCGGAGGUUUUCCAAUUGAAUAAAAUUGAAAAUGUUCCCGUCCCAAAAAACACGUUCGCUAUUGGGAGAUGUCCGUUAGAGGAGGUUUCACUGUAAUAACUAUGGAUAUAUCAUUCCAUUAUCAUUGAUAAUUAUCAUUAUCCAUUAUACAGUUGUACUUAUUCAUCUAAAUACUUACUAUAGUUAUUUAUAUGUAUAAUAUAUUAAUGCAUAUGUAUACGGGGCCGUUAUAAGAAACCUCCCUCUUAGCACCAAAGGAGAAACUGCCCUAUGGCAUUGAGAGGCGCCAUAAAUUUAUGGGACAUCAAAUUUUGGAUAGAUAUCAAGUUUAGACACUAAACAUAUGGUGAUUACUCUAGAGCAGCGGUUCUAGGGGCAACAUAGUAGUACAUAGAAGGUUAGGUUAGGCAACAGCAUGGUUCUGUAACAGUACAGAAAAUAAAUUAAUUAAUAUUUGUACAAGUGUUUUUUUAAUGGAUCUAAUAUUAUGAUUUAUAUUAUUAUUAUUAUAUUGAAGUAAAUUACUGUCUUAUACUAUUAUCGUUUUGAAAUAAAUGCAAAAACAUUGUGAAUAGUUCAAUUUUUAUGGUUAGGUUAGGUGGUACGUGUUCCGUGACAGAUCCAUAAUAGAUAUAAGUGGUACGGGAAAUUAAAAGUUUGAGAAGCCCUAGAGUGCUAAUGUUGGUUAACACUGUAUGUACAAUGUACAUUGUACAUUAUAUAUUAUACAUUGUACAAUUUUGUAAUGUACAAUAUUAUUGUAUAAUAUAGUUGUAGUUAUGCGAUCAAUUUGGCAAUAAUGAUGAACGAUUACAAAUAUUUAAUCAUGAUUAUUGAUUAGCUUGAAAAAUGAUUCACGACUUAUAACUUAUGUGAUUUAAUAAAUUAAUCGUAACCGAUUACGUAAUUUAAUCGUAAAUUGAUCGAUUACGCCCAACACUACAGCCUACAGGAAUAGGUUGAAUUGUCUUUUUAAUGAAAAUGGAUGUAUGAAUCACUGCAUGAAUGAUUUUUAUAAAUGAUAUAAGGUGCAUUUUAAUUAUUUGUUUAUUUUGAAUUUUUUAUCUAUUAUAUGUAGUUUUUUAAAGCUUUAAUACAACAUAAUUAUUUCAUACAAUCGUUUUGUAUAAAUAUAUCCAAAGCAAUUUGUAAAUCUAAGUAAGUAGGUAGGUAGGUAGGUACUUAAAAUAAUUAUUUUAUUUUAUUUAUAUUUUGCAAGAAUUUUGAUUUUUUUUUUUGUUGUAUUAUAUUGCUAGUUAAUCAUUUUAAUUAUUAUAUGGUUUCAUUUCUAUAGAAUUAUGAGACGAGCUUGAUUAGUAUCUGAAUCCUUGUAAACCAGCCACACCCACGUUAACAGAUAGGUAUUUGAAAUAUUGUACACUCCACCCAAAGUAAUCGAUAAUUUAAACUUCCUAUAGGAAAAUCUAACAUUCUCUGUUUGUAUAGCAUGCUAACUUUUAUUUAUACAAAAACUCUAAAGCUUCCUGUAGUAUCUAUAAAAAGCUCUCUUCCUUUUGCAAUAUGUAUACACUAAAACAAAUAAUAACUUAUAUAUAUAUAUAUAUAUAUAUAUAUAUAAGUACUUAGUCAUAAAAAAUAAAUAUUAAUUUGAUUUAUUCAUUUAUUAUUCGUGUUUAUAAUAUAUUUAUACUUCAAUUAUUUGCUUUGCAAAUGUGCGUCAAAUGGAUUGUAUUUUUCUGGAUGGCGAGAAAACAUUGUAUAUUAUUGGAAGUUCUAACAAAAGGUUAAAGUACCCCCCGUGCCGUGAUAAAUUAACAUGCAAUUUUGAUUUCGUGAUCAUUUGUCAUUUAAUAAGUCCGCUAUGACAAGAAAGAACGAAAACAUAAUACAGUGAUAUAUUAGUAUUUGAAACUUGUACAUGUAGUAAAUGAAGUGAAUUGUGAAGUAGGCAUACCUACACUUCAAAUAGAUCCAAGUAAAUAUUCAAUUAGAAAAUAAUAUUUUUUCUUUUGUUGUUAAAGAUAAUGCGUUUGUGAAAUAUAUUAAGAUGUUAGAAUUUAUUACUAUUAUUUUAUUAACAUUUGUAUAAAGGUAAUACAUUGAUUGAAUGAUUUUAAUUUUUCAAGUUCUAGUGAAACUAUUCAGUUUGAAAUUCGAGUUUUUUUUUGUUCGAAAAACACUGUCAAAUUGAUGGUUUUUAUGUUGACGUAAAUAAGUAUAGUUUUAUUUAUACAUUAUAAUGUUAUAUUCGAUUGGUACUGUAGUUUAAAAAUGUUAAUAAUUGUUGUAAUUUAUAGGAACAUAGUUGAGUUUAUUCCAUAAUAUAGGUCGGUAUAUAAUAUAAUAACAGAUCCAUUAAUUAUUUCUUAUUAUUUAUGAUUAGACAGAGUAUAGAAAAAAAUGUAAUUUUAAUUAAAAUUAAAUUAAAUGUAUGUAUUUUUUAGUUAAUUAGGUAGGUAGGUAUUUAAUCACAAUUUCUAAAGGUUUUAUUUAUAAAGGUAAAUAAAACAUAUAUUAAUAAUGUAUAUAAUUUUAAGUGUAUUGGUUUAUCUCUAUAUUUUAACCAAGAUUAAAACAUUUCACUGCAUGACCUUGAUUAUAUCACUAUACAGACAAUAAUAGUUACAGGAUUUUUAAAUGCUAUAUUUUCUGUUUCAGUAAUAUUACCGUUCUUCUCUGAUUAAAUAGUAUAUUAUAUAGUAAAGUAAACUCGAUUAAUGUCCUGUGAUUUACCAACACACAUUUAUCUGUUGGUACAUAUUUUUUUAUUAUUUUAUUUAUAUUGCUAUACAAGAUUAUACAAUUAUUUUAAAAAAUAGGUAUCGAUACUGAAACCUGUACAAGUUAUAAUCUGUUGAAAUAUGAAACUUAUUUAUUGUAAAAUAAUAAUUUUUAACCUAUGAAAUACAUAUAUGUACAUUGUACAUAAUAAUCAGUACCUAUUUAUAGUUGUAAAAAUUACAUUUGUAUUGAUUUUUUUUAGUUUUCAAUCCUCAGAUUAGGUAACAAUAAAAUUACUUCUUUAUUUUUAUGUUAUUUAUGAGUCUACUAGAUUGAUUUAUAUGAUCAAAUUUGUUUAUUAAUAUUUUAUUUAAAAAUAAUGAAAAUAAAUUAUUUAUUUAAAGCUUUUAUAGACAUUUUGUAAAAGAUAUUAUUUUAAUUUUGAAAUAACUUGAAUAAAAGCAUAUUAUGUUUUUCUAGGUUUUUCAAAUUUGAUGUGAACAAUUUUGAGUUAAUUGAAAAAUUAACUUUCUAAAGUACCUUCCCAGUGGAAUUCCUUUAAAAAAAUUUGCUAUAAUUUUAAAUCGGAUAUAAAUUACUGGUAGAAAAAUUGUACACAGAAAAAAAAAGACCAUAAUAUUUUUUUACUAAUACCUACAUUUCGUAAAUUUUUCGUUUUUCCGAUAUUUUAUCCCAAAUUUUCCUAGAUAUAAUGAAUACCGCUAGAAAAAUCAAAAAAUUACCUUCCUAAAUUACCACGGAGAUAAAAUUUCCUUUCAGAAAAUAAGCUACAUUUAAUACAUCGGAGCAAGAUUUCUGAAAGAAAAGUUUGUACAACAAAUCGAGGGGUAUUUUUCAAUUAAAAUAGUCUGAUCAAGCGAUAGCUGGGUCACUAGUACACGUAAAAUGCAUUUGUAAUUCCCCGUUUUAGUAAAAGGGAAAAAAAUAUGCAAACAAUUUAUUUCGAAACUCGGGUUUGAACUCGCGACCCCUAGAAUGACAAUAGAUAUGUAGAACUAUUCGGCGAUGGUAUUCUUUAAAAAAGACAAUCUAGAAUUAUUUAACAUAAUAUAUAAUAUCCGCAUAAUGUCAGAUCUUCAAAAAGCUAUAAUUUCGAAACUUAGUCCAUUCAAUUCUGACUUCACCAUUGUUCUUAAAUUAGCAAUAUAUUAUAUAUGUUCGCAAACAAAAAAAUUUAAAAAAUUAGAUUUGUUCCACAUAAUUUUUUACUGAAAUGAUUUUCAUCAAAAGUUGAUAUUAAAAUUCUUUUAUAAAAAAAAAAACUACAUUAAACUCAAUUUUUUUUUUUUAAGCAUGAAGUAAGACUUAAUGAACCUCCUGUUAAAUUUUCUUGCAUUUCUGUCUUGAACGAUUUAUGUUUUCUUCUAUAAAUAUUGCUCCUUGUUGAAUUUACAAUCUAGUUAGGUGUCCAAGAAAGAAGAUUUUUGAUUUUCUUUGUAGUUUUUUUAAUAAUUAAACAAAACCGAAAAAAAAAUGUCCUAGGAUAAUGGGGAUGGGUUUAGUCACUGUAGUAGAUAACUUAAUGUAUACCUGAAAACAACGAUAAACCAUUGCUUACGAAAAAACGAUUCUGAGCGUAGUUCAGUUGAUGUGAUCUUUUAUCAACAAUAUAUAUGUGAUUCUAAAGUUAAAAAAAUUAUUAAAUAGGCUUUUUAUAUUUUCUUUAAUAAUAUUUGUUUAAGGUUGUACCGAUCUCUCCAAUUUUCCUAUAUUUUUCCCGGUUUUUCACAUUUGCUGGGUAAAAUCUCAAUAAAAUGAAAAAAUGACGUGUCUAAACAACCUCCCUAAGUGAAUUUUCCUUUUAGGAAUAUUACUAUUAAAUGUUGGAGCAAAAUUGCAGGUAGAAAAGUUGUGAACGGGGAAAAAAAUAGUAAUAUAUCAGUUAUAUAUUUCGUAUAUUUUCCCGUUUUUUUGGAGGUUUUUCAAAUUUUAUGAGAGAACUCUUGGGGAAAUCGAAAAACUACCUUGCAGUACUUCUCCACGUCGAUUUUCUUUCAGAAAAGGUGCUAUACUUAAAAAUACGAGCAAGUCUUUUGAUAGAAAAGUUUUAAAAAGAUGAAAAAAAAAAUAAACCAUAAUCUUCUUCGCUCCAUUCAGAAUCUAAAACGGGAAAUCUACGAAAAAAAUAUUUUACUAUUUUAAAAUUAGUUGCUCUGUUCAGGUUAAAAUAUUCGUGGAGAAUUGAAAUUAUUUUGAAAAUGUAUACAUAAUUUAUCUAGACGUGCUAAAAUUUUCAAAACAUUUGAGUUAUUUUUGAAGCAUUUAUAUAGACAUUUUAAUUGGGCGAGUGUUUUAGGUAAUUUUUAUUUGGUAGGUACUACCAGGGAGAAGGGAGUGGGGAGGGGUUUUAAAGAGGUAAUUUUUCAAUUUUCUGAUCAAAUUGGAAAAACGGGAAAAUGUACGAAAUAUAUUAGUUUAUUAUUACAAUUUUUUUUUGUAGACAACAUUUCUACCAGCAAUUUUGCUUCAAUUUUUAAUGUUAGCAAAUUUUUUUAAAGGAAUUCCACUGGGAAGGUACUUUAAAGAGAUCGCUUUUAGAUUUUUUCCAGAGUUUUCUCAGCAAAUAUAAAAAGCCGGUAAAAACAGGAAAAUGUUGUUACUGUGGGAAAAACGGUACAAUGUUAAACAAAUAUUAGUAAAUAUAUAAUACCUAUUUAAUUAAAUAAUUUGACAUAUAUAUUGUUGACAACGCAUCAUUAUCGACUAAACUGCGCUCAGAAUCUUUAUUUCGUUAGCAAUGGUUUAUCGUUGCUUACAGAUAUACAUUAAAUUCCCUUCUGUAUCCUACCUUUUUAACAUUCUAGCUACAACAGUGGCUGCAUCUGUCCUUAUAAUCCUAGGAAAAAUUAAUUUUUUAUAAUAGUUUAAAACAAAUUUUGACUAAAACCGUAAAUAUUAUGGCCUUUCAGAACAUGUGUAACUGAACUUUCCUGGAAUUUCCGAAUCAUUUUUCGUUAUUAAUGGUUUAUCGUUGGUUACAGGUAUAAAUUAAAUAACUUUAUGUAUACCAUCUUUCUCACUUUUCACCUUUCCCAGUAUCAGUUUUAUUUUUAUUUUUAUAUUGUUUUAGUAAUAUUAUAUAUUUAUUAAUAGUUCUCAACGCAUGUGAUAUAGUGUCGAAUAUUCCAUAAUUUAAUAAUUCAUAGGUAUCCACAAAGUAUUUAUAAUGAUUGUCUUCAAAUUGGAGAUUUUAUUGUUAUCAAAAAAAGCAGAUAGUUAUGCAUCUGCGAUCGAGUUUUAUUAUCUUCAUCAGGAUAAAUAUGUAAUUAAAAAUAAGUUCGAUUAAAUUUCGAUUUUGAUGGCGAUAUAAUUAUUAAAAUAUGAUGAUUUUAAAUUUUUAGCACUUAAUACAGCUAUGGCGCUAUUUGUUUUCCAAUUAUUCUUUUAUGUAUAGGAAAAGAAUUUAGGAUUAUUCAGACCCUCACUAAAUAGUUGUAUUAAAAAUGUUCAUAUUAUGUAUGUGAUAGUAUUAGAAUUAAAUUAUGAGAGGAAUGUUUUUUCAAACAUUAAAGAUUUUGAAUAUUUACAAAAAAAUAAAUAUAAUUGCCAUAAAGUCUGUUUAAAAUAAUUCUUUUCAAAUACAAUAAUUUAUUGUUAACUGAAAAUUAAAAUAAUAAAAUAGUUACCUGUGGCACUAAAAUGAUUCGAACGGAGUGGUGUUGAACUUCAAAAUUUGGUACCCUGUAUGAAAAUGUAUUUUUAAUUUUUCCAAUUGAACUCAUGUAAAUGUAAACAAGAAACGCAGCUAAAAUUAUAUUGUGUACAACCGAUUUUCUUAGGUGUUAAAGUCUAUAUUAUAGACAUUAUCGAUCAUUUAAUAUAGGUUAUAGACUUUAUAACCUAUAUUAGAUAAUCUGAAACCAUUAACCUUUUGAAAAUAACAUCACGACCAAAGAAAGUUCAGUUAAAUAUUUUAUGAUGUCAUUUUAAAUUUGAUAAUAAUAAUAUUAUAUGUAAUAGUUAUGAUUAUGUUUAUUUUAUUUUGAUAUUCCUUGUAUAGUUUUCUUAAUAAAUGAACAAAUUAUUACAAAAACAGAAAAUGUACGCAAACACGGUUUUAGUUAUUUUCGAUUUUUUUUUUUUUUAAUUUUAAUUCUGUGUGUUAAUGUAAUAAUUGUAGUGUAGAAAAUCGUAUAAACCUAUUAUAGUUCUUUCUAAACGUGGUCAGAAUUUCAAACUAUUUUGGCAAUUUUUGUGUUAUUCAUUUUUAUAGCUAUUUGAAAUAUUUAAGAUUUUUUUAGUUAUUUUUUGAUUUUAAGUUGAUAAGAUUUAUUUUGUUUGGUUUCUCAAAAUUUAAUAGAAUUUUUAUCAUAGGUUGUUUUAUGGCACUGCAAAAAUAUUCAUAUUCUUGAUUUUUUCUUAUAAGUGACAUUUCAAAAUCAAAUUUUAAUUAAAAUCGCAAAAAGUCCAGAAUUUCAUGUACUAUUUUCCGAUUUUCCGACGCAGAUAUAAUUUUUUUUCUCUAUAAGACGAAAAACACCUUUUUGAAUUCUAUUUUUAGUUAUAAAUUAAUACAAUUUUCAAUUUAAACUUAUCAAAAAAUGUUUGACUGUUACGAACAUUUUAACAUAAACAAUGAAAAUAUUAUUGUUAUGUACAAAUAUAAAUUAAAUGGGUUAUUUAGAAAAGCCUAUGUAUCCUACCUUUCCAACUGAUCACAGCGGAAUACCAGUGGUGUAAAGUAUUUCUAUCUUUUCUAGAUUUCAUUGUUAGAAUAUCAUUUUUCCUUUAUCGAUUAAACCAUUAGUCAAUUCAUUUUUAGAUAUUACAAACAAUUUAUCUUUAUCACGAGUUAUAAAAGGGGAGGGAGGAUUGGGAGAAAUCAUCAACUACACCCUAUCGUAUGAAUGACAUUUGAUCGUGUUCACCCGCUGGCACGGCACAAGCUUAACCUUCAGUGUUUCACUUAGAUUUGCGACUGGCGGACGUUCGAAAGUUGAUUGCUGUUAUACCGUAAACGUGUUUAGAUUUUUUUUUCUUUUUAGUUUUUAAUAAAUUAUUUUAACUGACUUCAAAUUUUUCACAAUACAUAUUUACAAUUUACAAAACAUAAAAAAAAAAUUGCUUGAAUGAAAAUUCUUAUUUGAUCUCAAAUUUUAGAAAAGGAAAAUAUUUAUUGGACUAAUAUUAUCGGCUGUAGUAAUUUGGUAAAUUAUAAACAAUAUUUGGAAAAUUUUUUAAUAUUUGGUUAGUAUAAUAAAUUAUCUCAUUGGAUUUGAAAAAUACAAACAUAUCUACUUUGUUAUUUGUCUUAAAAUUAGAUUAAUAAUAUACUUCCUAAUAGUAUUACUAGUUUUAUUGUUUUUUAUGUUAAUAAUAAAAAUGUUCAAUUUGAAUAAUUCUAGGAAACUUAGAUAUUAAAAUAUUUUAAUAAUUCUUGUUCGUAGUUAGUAAUUAUUACAUUAUAAUGUUACAAUGAUUAUUCAUCUGGUUUAUUCGUUAUCAAAACGAUAUCGUCUCGUUGAUAAACAAGUCAGGCAAUUCUUCAUUUAUAAUGUGUUUGGACUAGAUAGUAUGAAUUUUGAACGAACUGAAUGAGCAAACUAUCUGAAUAUUUUCACAGUCUGUCUAGUUUUACGUUAACUAUAGCUAGCACAUUCAGUGGUUCUGCAUACUAUUUCUUAUUGAAUAUUUUAUAAGUAGGUAUUAUACUAUAGUUACGGUAUAUCUAAUCUGUAUGAACUUAAAAUUAUUUAAUAUUAAAUAUAUAGUAUAUCUACUACAACUAUACUACCUAUAUUAAAUGUAAUUGUUUUCGAAGUGUAACAUUUAAAUUUUUUCCGGUAAUUCGUAUGCUCAGUGAGUACAAUAUACUAUUUUCAAUAUGUGUAUACAAUUUUUCAAAUUUCAAAAAAAUUGAUUCCAAAAUUAAAGUACCUCGAUAUUUUAUUACAAUUUAAAUUUUUUCUUCAAAUUAUGUUAUCAAGAUAUAUUAUAUACAUUAUUAGAUAUUAUUAUCUUAUAUAUAAGAUUUAUACAUCUUAGACGUAUAAAACCAAUUUAAAAUGUAUACAAAUAUAUAAAGUAUAAAUCAAGUCCAGGAAUAAUUUGUAUUAUUUUAUUUUUAUGAAUUUGAAUAGGUAUACCUAUAUUAAUUUUAAAUUUGGAUUUAAUUAUAAUAUAGUUAAUUACACGUUGCUAUCUAAGAUUAUUUUUUUAUAUAUUAAAAAUAACAAAAUAUUUUAAUUGAAUUAUCUAUGUAGGUAUAACCGAGGUAUUUUUUAAAUAUUUUUUUGUAUCUAUUCAUAUUAAUUUAGCUUUUAAUUUAAUUGAUUUACCUUAAUUUUGUAUUUAACAUUGUUAAAUUUAUUACACAUUUAAAAUUGUGUAAAAUAUACUUGUCCUUAUACUUCUAAUAAUAAGGUAUCGUAUUUGGUCGGUUAUUUUAUUUUUCUUAUACAUAUUUUCAACAAAUUUUACUUAUUUUAUUUUGUGAUUCACCUUGUUAAAUAAUCAAUAGUAAAGUGCCUAAUACAAAUAGUUUAUUAUUACCAAUAAUUAAAUUAUGUAAAAUAUAUUCUGUUUUUUCCGGGGAUGUACUUAAUAUCAUUAAAAUCAUAAAAUAUACUAAUGAAAUCAUUGAUUUGAAAUUACAGAGUUAUGAGGUCUUAUUAUGAUGAUGAUUACGAUUAUUUCGUUGUAGUUUUUUUCUUAAAAAAUGCUUUUUCUUUAGAUAACUUAGACAAAUUUAAAUUAUAUUUUUAUAUUGUUUUCUACCAGGCAUUUUGCUCUAAUUUUUAAGUAUAGAUAUUUUUCUCAAAGAAAAUUUAACCGAGGAUGUAAUUUAAGGUGAUCAUUUUUUGAUUUUCUCAGGAGUUUUCAUAAUAAGUUAAAAAAACGUAGGAAAAACGGGAAUAUGUACGAAAUGUAAUUUUUCCAAAUCGUAAUUAUUACAGCCUUUCAAAACAUAUAUAACCGAACUUUUCUCAGAAUCAUUUUUAGUUAGAAAGAAUUAAUCUUUGCGUAUAGAUAUACAUUAGUUUUCCUCUCUACCUUCUCAACUUUUCACCUACAACAUUAGCCCACCCAUCCUGCGAAGUAUAUUCGUUUAUUUUUAUUUAAUGUAUGUAUAAUCGCGUUUGAUAUUAAAUUCUGAUAAACUCUACAAACAAAGAAGUUUUUAUUACUCCACUGUAUAGAAUUUGUGACUCACCGAAUUAGAGAUAGGCGAAUGCUUUAGUAUAAAUAAUUUUAAUAACCUUAUAUACAGAGCGGUUGGUCGAGAGUGGUGUGUGCACAUUGUGUUUCUCAAUAUCUGUAUAGUUCCUGAAAAAUUAUUUUACACAAUUAAUUAAUAACUAUCAUAUGAUACCUAUACUAAUUUUAUAACUUUUAAGUUGUUAUUCUUGUACACAUCUAUCGGCAUUUAAAUAAGUAUUUAAAAUAAAUAUAUAUUUUAAUUUUUGAAUUAACGUACCUAGCUAAUAGAGAUUGACAGUUUAAUUUAAAUUUGUCUUUUAUAUGCUGUACAUAAAAUAUUUUAACGACUGAACAUGAACUAUAUAAUGAAUGUAAUGGAAGGAAUAUUAAAACAUAUAUAUUUAUAUAAAUAUAUAUUUUUUUUGAUGUGUAACUUUUGUUGUGUGAAUGAUGUCAUAAUAUUCUACAUUAAGUAUUAGCUAGGUACAUUAACAGGUGGUAUUUGCGUUAAAUUUUACCUUCGAAUUUAUUUUGAAAUAUUAUGCAUAUUUUAUAUUCCUACUUUCUAUUUUCCUCGUUUUAAGAAUGUACCUGUAUACAAUGUAUUUUGUACCUAAUUUACUUACUACAGUGUAGUUAUUAUAAUAUGUAGGUGUAGAAUUUAUUAUAAAAAAAUUGUUUGUUUUUUAUUUUCUUUUAAAUUUAUUCAUUAUUUUUAUGAGUUUGAAUAAUAUGUUUUAAAAAAAAUUAUGUAUGUUUUGAAUAGACGUCUUAGUUUUUAUCGUUGCAACAAUAUAUGGUCAGACAAUAGGUUGAAAUUAGUUAUAAAUGUUUAUUGUUUAUAUAUAAUUAUUAUCAUUGGUGCAAGUAGGAGAACUUGAGAGAACUUCAUCCCCCAAAUUCAUGCUAAAUCUUCCCAGUUCAAAAAUUAGUAAUAUAAUGUAAUUAUAAUUAUUGAAAAAAAAAAUGUACACGGCUUAAACAAUUCUAACAAAAUUCAAAAGCACUUUAAAACUACAUCAUAUAAAAACCAAUUAUAUGCAUACGAAGGAAAUAUAUUAAGAUAAAAAUGAUUGAGUCGUGCUAGCUAUUCCCAAUACUCCUAAACGUAGAACCCCUGAAAGUAAAACAUCGGCAAAAAGGCGGUGCUUGGCAUGCCGAUUGUUCCCACUUUUUUGAGCGUAGGUACUAUAGUCUGUGGAAAUUCAUAUUAAUUAUAAUACAAUUUAUUUUGAAUGACUUUGUUAAACUGAUAACGGUUUAGGCUUUCUGCGCUGAAUGUACGUACUAAUUUUUAUUAUUUGGAGAACGUUAAUUGUUCGAUUAUUAUUGGAAUUUGAAAUAUCGAUUUUAGUUAUUUGUAGGUACAUUCAAUUAAAAAAAAAAAAUUGUACUAAUAUUUUGUGCUUUUAUGUCGAUAUUAGAGUCAUAGAGUAUGGAUGUUUUUUAAUUUAUAUUAUGGUAAGAGUUCCCCACCUAAAAAAUGUGGAUUAUUUGCGCCUAUGUGAUUAUUCUUUAUUAAUUUUCAACAUUAGUUUUCUAACCAAAAUUGGAUAUAAUUAAGCAGUCUUAAUUAUAUUGACUUAUAUUAUUUCAUCGUCUUUUUAGAUUAGGUAUAUCGUGUAUAAAAUACAUGUUUUUCACAAAAUUAAAUUAGCCUCUUAGUAUAUUUUAUUAAUCAUACUAGGCUUAAGGCAUUCUUUUAUUAAUUUAACCAAUUAUUUUAGAGUUAGUCUAAGUUUUUUUUAUUUACGAUUUGAAUACUUAUAUUUCGUAACCCGUUCGCUUUAUGUGAAUAUAAUAGGUACUAUAUAAAGUACAUAUUGUUCAGUCAUUGAUUAAUAGUCUAAAAGCUCGUCUAAAAAUGUAACAGGUCUUAAAUUAUUCAUUACUAUUUUAUCAAGAAUCGCAAUACGACCUUGUUAGCUUUCAAAUAACGAUUUACCAUGGUUGCAGGAACAUCGUAAUUUUAUAUUAGACGUUGACAAAAUUUAAUUACUUAUACAAAAUGUAUAAAGCGGUAAAUAUACUGUAAACAUUAUUAAAAAGGAUAGGGCAUUUUUAAUAAUGUUUAGGUUCGUGUUCAGUCGUUAAAGAGGAUUUUCACGGUUUAUUACAGUUGAGAAAAUUGCCCAUAAAACUUUGGUUCACCAUUAUAAUUAAUUUUUUCAAUAGUGAUUAACCACCAAAUACCUACGGGCUUCUCAGUAUUAGGUUUUAUUAUUAUUAUUACUUUUUACAUAUUAUCAAAAUAUUGUAUCUACCUCUAUAGAGUAUCUACCUAUUAUUAUGUCGAUUAUGAAAAAUAUAUAUAUAUAUACGUCAUGUUGUGCAUCUAGGUAAUAAGGUGCCUAUAUUAACCAUGUAAGAUGUUGAUCGCUUCGUCUUCCUAAUUUGUCUUCCUAUAUAUUGUUGUUCUUACCUCAGUGUGCAAAAUAUUAUAAUCCAUGUCAAAAAAAAGGAACCCACAAGCUCCACAAUCCUGCAGUAAUCAAAAUAUAGGUAAGAGUAUAAUAUAAUAAGAUGUAUAUUAGUUUUUGUAUAUUCAGUAUUACUUAUAAUAUAUUGUAAACAUACAUAUAUUUACUUUUGUACAAAAAAAUGUAUUAUUUAAAUAUAUUUGCCUUAUAUGUAUUAUAAUAUUACGUUAAUUAAUUUGCACUAUAUAAUCAUACACUCAUACCUAAUAAUUUAAGUAAUACAGUUAAUUUAAUUACAACAAUAGUAUUAUUAGUAUCAUAAUAGUAAGUACCUGCCAAUAAUUUAAUAACAUUAAAGUAACCUGCAACACUUGUUUAAACAUGUUGGCUGAAAGUGCAAACAAAUUUCAUGUUGGGAGAUUUAUUCGUAAUAAUACACCCAAAAUGUAAAAUACGAUUAUACAACUAUCAAAUACUAAUCGAAUUAUAAAUAAAUAUAAUAGAAGUAUUCUAUAAUAUGCAAAUAUAUUUUUUUGAAAAAAUCCUCUUGAAUCAGUGGUGUAGUUAUGAAGGGGAAGGGUAAGGUUGGUUGAGAUAAAUCCUCCAGUGUUUUUUUUUUUUUAAUAUUAUGCACAUUAGUAUACCUAUUUGUAACUAAAACUCGUUCUGAGUAGGGUGGUAUAAGUCGUAUUUUCCCCCUUAUAAUCAAUAAGGUGUAAUCGAGAAAUCAACAAUUAAGACUUUUGUCAGUUUUUAAAUUGUAUAGAAAAAAUGUAUGGAAUCUAAGCAUUUCUUUUUAAUAAAGUGUUUAUUCUCGGGCGAAAAAUAUGCAUCUUUUAAUAUAUAAUGUGAAAAAUAUUACUUUUACAUUAUUUUUAGUAUUCGAAAAAGUAUUUUCCGAUAACAAAACUCCAAAUGUUUAAAAUUUAAAAAACGUGUUUCAAGUAAAGUACCACCGGUCAUAAAUUCCAUAUCGUUUUAGGUACUGCGUAAACAAAUUGGAUUAGAAUAAAAGGAAUACGCCAAAAAAGUGUUUUAUAAUAAAACAAAAGUGUAAUUUUUUGGAAAAAGUAUUUGGAAUUUUAAAAAAAGCAUUUAUUUAAAAUACAAUCAGGUGAAUAAUCUACAUCUUUUAAAGCAUACAGUAUAUAAAUUAUAAAGCAAUUUUACUGACUAAAAAAUGUUUUCCAAAAAAAACAUAUCUUAGUAAAACUAAUAGCUUCUUCUGUAGUUCACUUUAUUUAAAAUCUAAAACAUAGAUCUGUAUGGAGAGUAUGAAGACUGAAGACGUCACAUGAAGUUUACCUAACAAAUUAAUCCACCCCCCCUCUCAGAACAAAAUCAUAACUACGCCACUGUCUCGAACUUGUACAGGGUAUUUCACGAGGAUAUACUCAUUCUAAUAUCUUUAGAAAUAAUAAAGAUAAAUAAAUCAAUUUUUUUUUUUUUUUUUUUAUAUAUAUUGCUCGCAAGGAACACUUCGUACAAAGUAGCAUCUAAUAUCUUAUUAAACAGAUUGAAAAUUAUUAAAGAAAUUAUUGGAGAAUACCAGGUAGGAUUAAUGGUAGGUAAAUAAACUAUAUAUCAGAUUCAUACAAUAAAACAAUUAGCAAGAAAAAGCCACGAACUCAAUAAAGACGUAUAUAUGCUAUUUGUGGAUCUUAAAACAGCGUACAACUCAGUAAAUAAAAAGAAACUGUGAAACAUUAUGACCCGGAUGGUGAUACCAAAAUACCUUAUUAGAAUAAUCAAAGUGUGCAUACAAGGCUCUAAAUGCAAAGUGCGCCAUAGCAUUAAAUGCGUGUGAGACAUGGGUAACCACUAAAACAGAUGAGAACAAAUUUGAUUAUUUUUAAUCUUUGAAUCUUUUUUAACCUAAAGAACCCGGUUUCCUUAAUUAAUGAUAAUUUAAAAAAAAUGACGUCUCUAAAGUACUACCCUAAAACAUUUCCUUUCAGAAAUAGUGAUAUACUUGAUAAUCGGAAUAUGUUUUCUGAUAAAAAAAAAAAAAAACAUCAUUAUAAAACCAAUACUCUGUCCACUCAGAAUCCAAAAAGUAUAUAAUCAAUUAGCUAUAAUCAUUAAUCAUACUAAACAAUUAGCAGAUGUGAUUACAGCCUGCUGUAUAAUUAUAGGUACUUUUCUCUGAACUUUAAAAAAUUACUAAUUUAAUGAAAAUAAAAAGUUGAAACAUCAAUAUUUUUAGUAAAAUAAACUAUAUGGCUAUCUUCACAUUUUUCGAAAAUAAUAAAUUAAAAAGUUAUUUUUUUAGUACAUAAAAGUUUAGUUAAAAAUCAAAUAUUUACAUUCUGUAUCUUUGCAAGUAAUAAUAAUAAUAACAGAAUUUGUUUAUCUUUAUUAUUUACGGAGAUAUUAGAAUGGGUAUAUCUUCGUGAGACACCCUGUAUAGCUAAUAUAGUUAUAUAUUACUUACACAUUGUGAUUUUGAAGAUAUACGAAGUGGUGUCAAUUGAGGAUAGGGGAUAUUGGCCCUAGUCUAACUUUAAGACUUACCUUAAGUUGAUAUUUUGGUUGAUUUCUAACUUUCUGGCAAAAAAAAAAUGAAAUUUCGCAAAGUGGUUCUUAUAGAUUUUUUUUUUUAAUAUUCCUUCAUAACUAUACGUUUUAAAGUGAUUUAAAUUUCCAUUUUUCUAUUUUUAAAAACACUACAAAUAUAUUAUUAAUUUAUAUCUACCCAAGUAUAUGAACAUCUGAAAUACCUAUAUUAACUAUAGGAUCAUAUUGGAGUGAAGUGAGACAAAUUAUUAUGGUUAAAAAUUAUUUUACUCGUCAUUUGGUAAUUUUACUCAACCAGUCUAACAAAUAUUAAAAUGACACCACUGUUUUUAAUUUACAUUUUGCAAUUUUGUGGAUGUUUUUAUAAUAUAUUGUAUAUGUUCGAAUAAUUAUUUGGUGUAAAAUAUAAAAUGUUCUGUUGUUUUGGGUCACUAAAAAAAUAAAUAAAUAAUAUACUAAUUCAUUUUUGUAUAAAACACGCUCACAUACUUAUGAUUAUACGCAUGUUACCGAUAACACAGUAUUGUAAUUUAUUUUCAACAAAUUAAAAAUUUAAACGGGAAUUUGUUCAAAAAUGUUCGAACAAAGUUAUUCAUUUUUCUAUAUUAAUUAAUAAUAUUAGUGCAAGUGCAUAUUGCAAUUGAAAACGUGUAUAAUAUGUAGACUAUAGAGGUUUUUUUUGUCUGUACUAUUACAAUAUUAAUAAUACACUACUAAUAUACUAAACAGCUGUUUACAUUGUAUAUAAUAAUAAAUUAUGUACAAUACGAGUUCAAUCACUUGAAUAACUUUUUUUAUUCACAUAUAUUAUGUUGUUAGAAAAAAAAAACAAAUAAUAUAGCUUGUUAAAAAAAAUAAAACCCUGCUGACUAACAUUAUAAAUAGUAUGCUUCUUUUUUUUAAAAUACUCUCACGUAUCAUUCUAAUGUAUCGCAAUGUCCCACAUGUAUAUUUUAAUGUUCAAAUAUAACAUCAUAUAAACCAGGUCUAAAUAAUUUAUAUUCAUUUUUUUUUCCAAUCGUAUUUUGUGUUUGGUGGUCACAGAAAAUCUUUCAAAUUUCAUGUUGCAGUCCACAAAAUACUUAUUUUUUCAAGAAAUAAUUUAAAACUUUUUGGGAACAUAUUAUAAAAUAUUAUUAUACAGUAUAUUUUGUUGUAUUUUUCUCUUGGUUGAGAAUAUAUGGCAUAUACUCUUUCGGUUAGCACAUGCAAGUCAUAAAAAUAACUUUUUAAAUAACAACACCUAUAAUUGACGAUUACUCAAGGUACUUAAGUAAUUAUAACUUUUAUAGAUUAAGUAUGACUUAAAGAUUUUUCAAUUAAUUUGGGAGAAAUUUGCCCACUGUUUUAUUUUACCCACAUAACAGAAGUUUUAAUUUUUUUUGAAAAAUCAUUAAAAAAUAUCAUAUUAUUUAACCAACUUUUGAUAGGAUUAUUCAAAUUGUGUCAAAAAUAGAUAUUGCUACUCAUAUUUAAAAAAAGGAAUUGUAGUUUUAAUUCAAAUCCAAAGUCAUCCUUGCAUGUCAAAAUCGCACUAAAUAAUAAAUAGUGCGAUCAAAAUAUUCUGGGAUUGUAUUUUUUUUUUCCGUAGACAACUUUUACAUUAGCAAUUUUGUUCAGAUUUUUAUGUGUAGCACAUAACCUAAAAGGAAAUUUAACUGGGGUGGUAAUUUAAUAAAGAGGUCAUUUUUCCUAGCUGUUUUCAUAAUAAAUUGGAAAAACGUAAGAAAAAUGGGGAAAUUUACGAAAUGUAUUAUUUUUUUAAAAUAAUUUGGGCCUUUUAAAAAAAUUUACAACUGAAUUCCGUUCAGAAUGGUUUUCGCAAAGAUUAAUCAUUGUGUACAGAUAAACAUUAAACUCCCCUCUAUAUCCUACUUUCCUAACUUCUCACCUACAAUAGUGGCCCAUCUAUCGUGCGAAUUAUAUAAGUAUAAGUAGAUCACCUAUAUUCACGUGGAUAAAACGCCGCAAAAACUUUUCUGGAUCCCUAGAUUUCCUAUCCUCCGUCACCAGACCUAAUAUAUGGGACGUGUACAAAGAUUUUUAAAAAAAAUCGGACGUGUAUAAGUACUUUAAAUUGUGAAUACUAUAGGUAACUAUAAUAGUAGAUGGGACGUUUUAAAUGUAUAGGAUAUUUAUAAAGGACGAUUUAGUUACUAUUUAUUUACAACUAUUGUUGCCAGAAAAAUCCAACGAAAAGUUUGUCAAGUUUCUCCGCUUUUGAAUUCAUUUUUUUUUUUUUUUUUUAAUUCUUGAUACAGCAUCAACAACUAAGGUUAUUAGCUUACAGCAAUAAUAAUAUUGGCUACAUAUAAAUUAAUACAUUUAAUUAUCUAGAUAGAGUUAUACAUGUUAAUAUAUUAAGAAAUAAAAUUAUUUUUUUAUUGAUAUCUUCGGUUGGGCUCAGACCUUUGAAAAGUUUGUCUGGAAUUCCUAGGAUGAUUUUGGUUUCUAUGUGAUUUCGACAGUGUACGAGGAGGUAUUUUAUUGUGAGGGGUUCUCCACGGGUUUAACACAGUGAAGGUUAAUCUCUUCACAUAAGAUGUCCAUGAGACAUCUUAGAGACACCUAUACGUAGUCUAUUAAUGAUUACUUCAUUAAAUUCAUUAUAAAGCCGCCAACAAACAAAAAACAUAUUUUAUUUUAAAACAUUUUCGGUUACAUCAAAAUGAAAAAAAUUAUUGAGAAUCUAUAAAAAUAGAUAUGCUCUAGAAAAGUUACAGAUGUCAAUAGUAUAAAUCCUAUUGCUCUUCAACGCCCCAUUGGCGCGCAAUUUAAACAGUCCCAGAACUUUUUGAUCAUACCUCGCAUAUUAAUUAUAUGGAAUGUGGUUACGUAACGAAUUGUACAAUAUUUACUAUACAUAGUAUAGUGUAUUUUAAACAAUUUAAACUUGACUGCACCUACUUAACUGUCAACUAUUUUUUCGGCAUAGUUAACAAACACUUUUUCUUCAUAUACUGAACUUGGACCCUUAUUUGACAUUUAUGUUUUUGGUAGAUAAUGUAUACAUAUAAUCUGUUAUAUAUUAUAUACUCAUGGACGUUAUUUGUGUUACGUAAAUACAUUAUUGGAAUAGCUGACCCUAAUCCGUGAGUUUUCAUUCGUUGUUUCAGAUCAGUACGGUUACGAAGACGAUGGACCACCGGAUGCCGUCGACUGCCUGGGCCCCGGUGACAUUAGGACGAUACGCAUCAAUUGCGAACAACAGUACAAGAGCUGUUCGAAUUGCAUAUCAACCGCCAAGUACAAUUUGCUAUCGUUCAUACCCAUAUUCCUGUUCGAACAGUUUCGACGGUAUUCCAACUGUUUUUUCCUACUCAUAGCACUCCUGCAGGUCAGUCCGAGUAUAAAUUUAAUUUAGAAAUAAUUAUAUGUAAUAAACAAUAAAAUGAAUAUAUUAGAUUCGGUGCGGAGAGAGGGUUUUAUUGGUUUGUUUUGCGUAUGUGUAAACAACCCAACUAGAACAGAAAACUUGUUCCAAUCAAAAAAUUACAAGAUAAAUUUUUUGUUGUAUUUUAAAUCUAGUAAAUGCAUUGGGGAGGUUAUUUUUUUAAAUUUUCAAAGGGUUUUUCAUAAUAAUUGAGAAUAACCUGAAAACAAAUUAUCGGAAAAGUGGGCAAAUAUUUAUAGCGCCCUCGGUAUCACCAUUAUUUUUAAUUUGUAUGCUUAAUGUUUUCUAUUAUAAAUACUGCUCCAAUAAAAAAAACGAAAAGAGACAUUUUUUGUUGAAUUUUUAAUCUAGUUGGUGUUUUGAUUUUCCAUAAAGUUUUUUUUAAUAAUUUAAUAAAACCGAAAACAUUCGUAGAAAGAACGAAUAACGGUUUCAUUAUUUUCAAUUUUAUUUUUUUGUUAUAGUUCAGUUAAAAAUAUCUGUAGACUUUAAAUUUCGACAUUUUGGCUUCUACAAGACGUGGUAAAAUUUAUAAAUAUUCUAAAAGUAUAUUAAAUUUUUAGAUUUGUACGUAGUUUUUAUUUGGUGAUAAUACGUGGAUAUCACUAUUUGACCAAACAGACAUGUUAGAAAAAUUAACGGGAUGUUCAUGACAAGUUGUAUUUGGCGUAGUCAAUAAAAAAAAACUAGAGUGUAAUAUGCGUAGUUAUUUAUUUUUAAUAAUGGUUUUAAAACAACAAUUUUGAUGAAAAUCGCUCGUUUCAAAUCAAUCUUUCUUCGUUUGUUUAUCGUUGCUUACAGAUAUAAAUUAAAUAACUUUAUAUAUCGACCUUCUACAACUAUCCACUUUCAAAAAUGGCACACCCAUCAGCUACAGUAUCAAAUUUUUUUUUUAAAGGUUUUUUAUUUAACUUCAAAUCUUGUUUGUUUAUCUGUCUGUAUGUUUGUCCGCACAAUUUCUCGAGAACGGCUGAACGUACAGAAAUAAACAAGAUAUAUUCUGAAUCAUAAUGAGCUUUUCUAAAAUUUGAUUGUUUCGAACGAUAAUCGUAGUCGCCGACACAGCGCAUUACGCGUGACGAGGAUGAUAGGGAUUAUUGUAUUUUUAAUACAUUUUUCAAUUUUAUUGUCGACUAAUAUCUAAAGUUGAUAACAGAACGUCUAAGAUAAUAAUAACGGAAUAUUAUAAUUUAUUGUAUUUGAGAUAUUACUGUUGUUAAACGAAGCGAAUGUAAAUUUCUCGUUGAAUCAUUAUUUAUAAUAUUAUUUUUAACAUCAUAAAUUAAUUUUUAAUAGGUAGGUAUGUAAAUAUUUCCUUUUAAUUUUUUUUUCUUCUUACAAUAAACUGAAAUAAUUCGGUUUUAAUUUUAGUUUGUAUAAGUAAUAACUUAUUUUCAUAGAUUAAAAUAUAAUUAUAUUUAAUAUAAUAUUAUACACCUAAUCACAAGGUUUCGCUUUUGGGAUUUAUCACUCUUUUAAUUUAUUGUGUUUUCGAUUUUUCUUGGUCAUUAUAAUUAUGAUUAAAAAGACGGAAGUACUUCGCAAGUUGGGUGGGUCAUUGUUGUAGGUGAGAAGCUGAGAAGGUAGGAUAUAGAGGAAUAAUAGGGAAUUUAAUUUAUAUCUGUACAUAACGAUUACUCUUUGAAAACAAAAAACAAUUCUGAACGAAGUUCAAUUAUAUAUGUUUUGAAUAGUGGUGAGCCGAUGUAACUUUUUCCGAUUUCCGAAAUUCCGAUAGUUGCUACUGAUAUAAAACCGAUAACCGAACCGGUAUUUUUUUGAUACCAUGAGUCAAUAUUAAAAUUAUAAAAAUACCGAUAUUCAAUUUUUACUGAUAUAAUUUAAAUGUAUACACAAGAUUUCUGGUAAAAAAAAGUUUGGUACUGAUAAACAUGUUUGUAAAACUAUAAGCUUCUUUCAGAAUUUAAAAUUACUAUAUACAUUUUUAUUUAUUUUUUUAUACUAUAAAGUGAGACAUAUUAUGAUCCUCCUGGUAAAUUUUCAAGCAUUUCUAUUAUUGGUCUUACAAUUUAAUCCAUAGAGUACCUACAAAUAAAAAUGUCGUAAAAAAUUAACAAAAUUUAAAUGUCUAUAGGUAAAUAGCUCAAUAAUGAUACAAAUAUUUGAAAAAUUUACCACGACUAGAAAAAACAAAUAUAAGAUUUUUGUCCAAAUUUCAAGUUUAUGAAUAUUUUUAACUAAAUCAUAACAAAAUAACUGUCCGGAGAUAUUCAAGGGGUAUAUCUUCGUGGGACGGCCUGUAGACGGGAAUUUUAUGAAUAUUAAGUCGUAAAAAUUGUGUACGAAACUAUUAAUCAUUGCUAACUAAAAAACGAUUCUAAGUGGAAUUGGAUUGAUAGUGUUGCUUUGUUAACAAUAUAUGUCAUAUUAUGCUAAAAUAAUUAACUUUAUUGGGCAAACUCCUGGGAAAAUCAAAAAAUAUCCUCCUUAAAGUACCUCAUCCUAAAGUACCCCCAAUCAAAUUUCCUUUUUUCAAUCUGUGAAAAGUUGUUCACAGAUUGAAAAAAAUUAAAUAAAUAAACAUCAUUGUAAAACAAAUGCAUUUUUCUCUACGCUCAGAAUAUAAAAUUCGAAUUUAUUUUACUUUUCGUAUGAACACAUGAGUCAUAUUUAGUAAUAUUUUUAUUUUAUUUAACAUUGUAUUUUAUAACUAUAGGUAAGUCGAAAGUGCAUUUAGUUUGUUUCCUGUGGUGUUAUAUUUGGUAGACUGAGACAAACCUAUCAAAUUCUCCUACUCAUAGAGAAAAAAGAAUAAAACAGUUUUUUUUAAAAUAAACUCUCUUUAUUUUAUUGAUAAUCUCAGAUUUGUAUACUUAUAAAGAAAAAGGUGCAUAUUUUCGUGAAAUUUAAAUUUUAUAUUUUAUUUAAAGAAGUUAAAACCCAAUAUUGAAAGUCGGAAAUUCAAAAAUUUGACUAAAGAUCUUAUAUUAUCGGACAUAAAAGCUAUAAAUCGACCAAAUGCUGAGCUAAAAUUAUGAUUUUGUAAUAACUAAUUACUAAUCAAACUUUGAAUGACCCUUCCUCAAAUGACACCACUGUUUAUUUCGUUAGUUUUCAAAUCGAAGGUUCUAUUAAUAGAUUCUAGGGCCUGGUACUUUAUGCAUUUAAAAUCCAUAAAGAGCUUAAAAAAAAAAAUGUAAAAAGAAAAAAUAACAGAGGGUUCAGAGGGGUUUAAAAUGUCCAACCCCAACCACCUAACCAUUAAAUGCAAUUAUCGAACACAUAUAAUUUUCAUUUUUUAUAAUACUUACAAUUUUAUUUAAAACGUUUGUUAAUAAUUUUUGUAGUGUUCGAAAAUUGUAUUUGAUAAAUUAGAGGGGAGGAGGCUUUUAAAAACGUACUUCCAUUUUUUUUUUUUUUUGUGCUUUUUCAAGCCUUUUUUGACGAUUUUGUGUGGAUUUGAAAUACAUAAAGUCCCGAGCCAUAAUCAUAAUAUACAUAUUACAAUGGUUAAUUCAAUGUGAUAACGAAAGGCAUUUAUAAAGAAGUCGAAUAAAACUUAAAGAUACAAUGUUUGCCUGUUCUACUGGUGGAAAAUUCGCGAGUAAUCUAUCUUUGCCCCUUGGUAAUAAUAUCGAGUGUUUUCGGUUGUGCAUAGUGAUAAUAAUAAUCGAUCACAUUUACGGAAAUCGGCCAUCAGUGAAAUUAUUAAACGUGACCGUCCAGUCAAUGGCGGCGGUCAUAAUAUAAUUUUAAAUCAUUAUAUAGGAAUUUUGAUUCAGAGUGUGUACGUGUGUGUGUGUGUGUGUUUUGCGUGUGCGUGCACACGUAUUUUAUUUACGGUGGGCGUUGCUGUUAGAAUUUAUAUGUCACCGUCGCACUGCCGCCACUGCGAACGGUAUAUUAUAUAAUUAUAUUCUAUCUAUACUAUAGACUCUAUAGAGUAUAUAGAGUAUAGGUAGUAGGUACCUAUGUAAAGGAACAAAAAACGUUCCCAAGUGUAUUUGACGUGCAAUUUGCUAAAAGUAUAUUAUAUGCACUCUUUAAUAUUAACUGACCUUAUGCUGUGUCGAGGCCGCGUUUUAUAAAUGUUAAUAGUCCUGUGACCUUUGUAUCGGGGUUAUGAUUUAUUGUUAUUAUUUUCGAGAACCGUAAAUAAUUGUAAUAUAUCCAGAAUAUUAUUAUACGUAUUAUCACAACAAAAACUCUUUGCCUGCUGAAGCUACGUGUAAAAUGUGGCUUCGUAAAAAAAAAAAAUAAUAAUAAUAUACUUAUCAGUUAUCCCGUAUCUCGUAAUUGUUCAGCAUCAUAAAGUAGAGACAUCAUUUUUGGUACUAAGUAAAAUUUCCGAGAGGCGAGUGCUUAUAAAUAUUCCUACAGUUUACUUAGUAUUGUGUUAUUUUAAUGAUGUUAAUUUUAUUUAAAUUAAUUAAUCAUUAUACUUGAAAUACUUUAAAUUUUCUUAUAUCCUGUGAUAUUAACUGUUUAAGUAUAUAUUUUGUUUUGUUAUAGCCUAUGGGUAUAUAUUAUAAGAAAGGUUCUUAGCGUGACGGCAAAAUAUUUUUCCACCCCCUCCCCUUCAUCUAAAUUUUUACAAAAUAAAACAAAUUGUUGAAUCAUAUUUCAAAUUCCUAAGUGACAAUUCUUUAAACCUUCUAUAUCGAGAUAAAGCUUUCCAUUUCAAAUACAUUGGAUUCUUUUUAUUAUGAAUUUUGUUUCUAUAAGGCAUACAAAAUGAACAAUUUUUUUAGGGGAAGGGGGACUUAAAAUAAAAAAAUUUAAAUUUUACUUCAAUUUCUUUAAAAUAGCCAUUUUGGGAAAUGGAUUUUUAGACAAUUUUUGGUGGUUGAAACUUUUGUUAAAUUAUAGUCUUUUAUUUUCUACGAUUUUUUUAAAAUGUAAAUAAUUUUAUUUUCAAUCAUAACAAUAUUGUUUAUCAACAUGAAUGAACAUUUACCUACUACCUAAUACCCAUAAUAUGAUUAUAUUGUUACAUUAUAUUAACUCAUGGAAAAGAAAAUCUUUGUUAUGUGCCCUUACUAAUUACAUAUUGUAAUGGAAUAAUUACCUUUUAGAAAAGGUGCUACACUUUUUAGUCCGAAACAAGGUUUCUGGUAGAAAAGUGUUGCAGACAAAGAAAAGAAGUACACAGUGUAGUAAAACCAAUAUAUCCCUUGUUAAAGAAAUACUGAAAACGUCAAAAUGAUACGGUACUAAACUUUUUAAAAUGUUAACACCAAAAAAUUUGUUAUAGGCAGCUGUCCACCCUGCCCGUACACUACAACCACCAUGGUAUUACCGUUUUUGAAUUAUUUAAUUUUAAUUUUUUUUUUUUUCAUAGCUGCUAAAAUUGUUUUAGCUGACCAAAAAUAUUGACAAAUUUAACAGUAGGUUUAUCUUUUAAAGUCGUAUUUCUAGUAAAAAAGUGGUUUUCUUUUUAUUUAAAUUGUUAGACUAAACAGAAAUGCUUGAAAAUUUAACAAUAGGUUCAUUAAAAGUCGUACUUUGUGGUCAAAAAAAAAAAAUGUUCAGCUCAAUGUAGUAUUUUUUUUUUUUUUUCAUAGGAAUUUUAAUAUCAAAUUUUGAUGAAAAUCGUUUGAGUAAAAAAUUACGUGGAACAAAUUUAGUUACUAGCAGGUACAUGCAAAUUUUUCAAUUUCUUUUGUUUUCGUUCCGCUCAGAAUCUAAAAUAUGUAAUAAUGUAAUAAGAUAAUUUUUAAAAAAAUGGACAUGAUUCGCACAAUGGGUGGGCUACUAUUGUUUGUAAGAAGUUAAAAAGGUAGGAUAUAAAAGAGAAUUUAAUAUAUAUUUGUACGCAACGAUUAUUCAUUAGGCAUUGUUAUAGGGACGGAUUUUAUUGUGAUAAACAAAUCAAUAUAUGGACCAAUUUUUUUUAAAAUAUGAAAUACAAAAUCCUAAAUAUGUAAAUAUCGCAAAAAUGUAUUAGUAUUUAAAAUUACAAAAAAAUAUAUUUUAUAAUUAUAAAUAUUAAAUAAAAGCAUUAGUCAAAAAAUAUUAUGCAUCGAUAAUGUAUCAAGUGUAGCUUAUUUUCUGAAAGGAAAUUUUAUCUCCAUAAUAAUUUAAGAAUGUCAUUUUUCGAUUUUCCCAGGAGUUUUCUUAACUAAUGUGAAAAACCGAAAAAAAAAUGGAGGAAAAACGGGGAAAUGUAGGUAUUAGUUGAAAAAUAUUUCGGAUUUCAUUUUCUUAUGAACAACUUUUUUACCCGCAAUUUUGCUCUGAUUUAUAAUGAUAGCUCUUUUUCUGAAAGGAAAUCUGACUAGAAAGAUGCAUUAGAGAGACCAUUUUUCCAGCAAAUCUGAAAAACUAGGUUGAAACACGAGAAAGACACAGGAGGAACGGGAAAAUCGAUACAAUAUUAAACAAAUAUUAUUUAAGACAAUAUUUAAUGCCUAUUUAAUUAUUUACCUUAAUAUAAAAUUAUAUUGUUGACCAAACAUCACUAUCAACUGAACUGCGCUUAGAAUCAUUUUUUCGUUAGCAAUGGUUUAUUGUUGCUUACAAGUUUACAUUAAAUUACCUAUAACAGUGGCUGCAUGCACCCAUCUUUAAUUAUCCUAGAACGUCUUUUUUUAAUUUGAAUCUUAUGAUUUUGUUUAGUAUUACUAUGUUUAUCAAUCAGAAAUAUACUAUAGUGAUCAAUAAUAUGAGAUUAGCAUAUAAUAAAAGUUAAGUUGUUUAAUUUUGUAUGUUUUUUAUAAAUAUAUGGUCAAUACUAGUACUAUAAAAUCCCAAUUGUGCUAUUAAGUUAAAAUAUUCAUAUUUGUUAGUACCGUUGUUAUUUUGUGCGAUAUUGAUGUUGAUAUCACCAACUAUUACUAGAUAUAUGUUGAGGAACUGAAAAUCGCUGAGUUAUUGAUACUGCCUUUUCACAGCACAAAUAGAAUAAAAUUGCUUCAUCGCUUUUAAAUGCCUCGUUAGGAAACUUUUUUAAAUAAUAAUUCGCUUUUGAUUUCACAACUUUCGGAAUUUUAAAAAUUGGAAAUUAUACACGUGUACAUGACUACGAAAAAUUAUUGUCAAGUACCACUUCAUAAUUUUAUAUUUAUAUCGUACAGCAUUACCAAUAUCCACAAUAGUACAUACAGUAUGAUUUAUCAACGUAAUCGCGUUUAUAUUAUAGAUUAUCUCUGAAUUAGUUCUAAUCUAUAACAGCAAAGUAAAUGUCAUUUAGAUAAUGUAGAAUAUUUUAGUAGUUGUCAAAAAUUACUAAUCUUGUCGUUUUAUACAAAGCAGGAAAUGUUUGUCGUUAUCGAAAAUUAAUGACAAAAUCAAAAAUUACUAAAAUAUUUACGAAAUGUGUAGGUAAUUAUUUACCAAAUAUGUAAAAAUAUGUAUUUAUAUCGGAAUAAUAUGUAAAAUUAAUUUGGGCUUAUUUUAAUUAGAAUGAUAUAAAUCAUUAGGUUUUUACACAUUUUUUAUUAAUAUUAAAAAUAUCUCAUUCUAAUUAAAAUAACAAAAAACGAAAGAUCGGAAUAUUUACGAUUUUCAUAAAAUUUUUACACAAAAAAGUACAGUACAUUAAACUCAACUUUAUCUCGUUGACCACUAAGUACAACUUAUAAUGAAUCUCCUGUUAAAUUUUUGAACAUUUCUAUUUUCUCUGACAAUUUUAUUCUUAGAGUACCUAUCAAAUAAAAAUUACAUAAGAAACUAGAAAAAUUAAAAUAUCUAUCAAUUGCUCAAAAAUGGCUCAAAUAUUUUGAAAGAUUUACCACAACUAUAAAAGUCAAAUUUAAUAUUUCUGUACAAAUUUCUAGUCUCUACAAACAUUUUGAACUGAAUUACAACAAAAAAAUAAAAUUUAAUAUAAUAAAAGCAUUAUUUUCAUAAAUUUUCCUGAUUUUUUUCAUAAUUAUUAUGAAAACUACUUAGAAAAUCAAAAAUUGACCUACUUAUAAUACUUUCUUGAUUUCAGAAAAGAUGCUACACUAGAUACAUUUGAGCAAAAUUUCUGGUAGAAUUUUUGUACACAGUAUAAAAAAAAAAAAACAAUAUCCUUCCCUUCCCUUAGAAUGUAAAAAUGUUACAAUUUUUUCCAAAAGUAACAGGAACUAUUUAUGUCCAUUAUAUUACAAAGCUAAGUAAGAACUAUGUAAAUAUCUUCACUCUUCAGAACAUAUAAAUUAUUUUAAUUUGAGUUUUGAACGUUUAAAACCCUGGUCCUAAGUAAAACUAUUACAAACAAUUAAUGAGUUAGAUAUGUUUAAUUUUAUUAAUUAAUGGUUAUAAUUAUAAUUAGGAUUAGUAGAAUAUAAUCAAUAGGAAGAUCCAAUAAAAUAUUUUCAAGUUUAAUUAAUGAAACCUGUAUCAUAGUUUGUUUGUAAUUCCAUUUAAUCAUAAUAAUUACAUAUUGAUGAUAAAUUUAUUUGUUUAAAUUCAUAUUAUUCUGUUAAAUAACUAAUCUAGUUCCUAUAUUACUAUUUUAAAUAUAAUGUGAUGGUUUUAUAAUAUUUUGUUUAUUUUUAUUUUAGCAAAUACCAGAAGUAUCUCCUACAGGUCGAUUUACAACAUUAGUACCAUUAUGUUUUAUACUUUUAGUCUCUGCAGUCAAAGAAAUAAUUGAAGACUUUGUAUGUUUAUUUUAUUACAUUUUCUUUUUUUUUUUAAUAUCCAUACUCAUUAUUUUUACAUAUUUUUAUUAAUUUGAUUUUGUAUAAUAUUAAUUUUUAGAAAAGGCAUAGAGCAGACCGAGAAGUUAACCAUCGGAAGGUAGAAGUACUACAUAAAGGAACUUGGACAUCACAACGAUGGGAUCUUAUAAAUGUAGGGGACAUUGUCAAAGUACAAAAUAAUACAUUCUUCCCAGCUGAUCUUCUAAUACUUUCUUCCAGGUAAAUUUUUCAUUGCUCUUUUAUCUUUUGUUAUAAUUAAUAUUAACAUGCAUUCCAAUCAUCAUGAUGUUGUUUUUGGUUCCAGUGAACCACAGAGCAUGUGUUAUAUAGAGACAAUGAAUUUAGAUGGUGAAACAAAUCUCAAAAUUCGACAAGGUCUUCCAGAAACAUCACAUUAUAUGGAUGCAAAUGAUCUCAUGCAUUUAAAAGGAACAAUAGAAUGUGAGCUUCCAAAUCGGUUAAUUUAUGAUUACGUUGGUAGUCUGAAAUUGGUUGAUAAAAUGUGAGUAUUAUUUAAUAAUGUUCAAAAAUUUAUUCAAAUUACAUUAUGUUUGAAAUUGACAAUCUUAUAUUUUUGCUCUUAGUCCACUAUCUUUGGGACCCAACCAUUUACUGCUACGUGGUGCAAUGUUACGAAACACUUCUUGGGUUUGUAGUGUAGUGAUUUAUACUGGACAUGAAACCAAACUUAUGAUGAAUCAAACUUCAGCACCGCUAAAAAGAUCAACAGUGGACAAAAUUGUUAACACACAGAUUAUUAUGCUUUUCUUGUUACUUUGUUCAUUAUGUUUGUUGAGUUCAUUUUGUAAUAUCAUCUGGACUAAACAGAAAGGACAUAAAGAUUGGUAUUUGCAAAUUGAUGGUAAGUUUUAUUGUAAUAUUCAAAAUUAACCCAUAAGUAACUUAAGUUAAAAUAAAAGUUAUAAGUUAUGUUUUUUUUCAUAUCUUAAAAAUCACGAAAUUUAUUUGUGAUAAACUGAUUAUAUAUCAAUAUAUAAAUUAAUCCAAUUAAAAUAUACAACUUACAAGUAUAGAAGUAUUUUUAAGUUAACUAAGUUCUCUUAAAUUUGAUAAUAUAUGAUAAAUUAAUUUUUGAAUUAUGCAAACAAUACAGUUUAGUUUUAGUAUUGAAAUAUAUACUCUGAAAAUCAUAUAUCAUAAUGAGUUGGAGAACUAUAAUCAAUACUACAAUAUAUAUUAUAUCUGGUAUUUUAAAAAAUAAUUAUUUAUUUUGUUUAUUCUUUCAGAUAUUGCAACUUACAAAUUUGCAUUUAAUUUACUUACUUUCUUUAUAUUGUUUAACAAUUUAAUUCCUAUCUCAUUACAAGUAACUGUUGAAGUUGUUCGGUUUAUGCAAGUGCGUUUUAUUAUGCUGUUUCUUUUAAUUUCAAAUUUUUAACUGUCUAUAAAUUUAUAUUUUAUCAUAUAGGCAGUGUUUAUAAACAAUGACAUUGAAAUGUAUCACGAAGAAUCAAAUACCCCAGCUAUGGCACGAACUUCAAAUUUAAAUGAAGAACUUGGCAUGGUAAUUUUUUUUUUUUUGUUUUAUCUAAUAAAAAAAUUAAUAAAAUAUUUCAUAAAUCUUUAACUAAUUUGUUUAUUUAUCUAGGUAAAAUAUAUUUUUUCUGAUAAGACUGGCACAUUAACAAGAAAUGUCAUGGAAUUUAAACACUGCUCAAUAGGUGGAAUUCUCUACCCAGAAGGUUCUAAAGACACAUUGUUAGAUGUAUGUUAAAUUUUUAUAAUUGUCAUUUGUAUUGUUAAAUGGUUGAUAAUAUUAAAGAAUAUACUUGGUUUUAUGCAGAAUUUAAAAAAUCAUCCUACCUCUAAAUAUAUUUUGGAAUUUUUAAGAAUGAUGUCUGUCUGUCAUACAGUUAUUCCAGAAAAGGUUAAAAACUCUGAUGAAAUGUUAUACCACGCAUCUUCUCCAGGUUUAUGAAAUGUCUAUGUAUUAACAUGACUAUAAUAAAUUAUUAUGUAUUCACUAUGAUAAUUUUUUUAGAUGAACAAGCAUUGUUAAAAGGAUCUCAACUGUUUGGUUACGUAUUCCAUACCCGUACUCCCAAAUUAGUUGUUGUAUCAGCUCUAGGCAGCGAUGAAGAGUAUGAAGUGCUAAGCGUUAUAGAAUUUACCAGUACACGGAAAAGAAUGUCUGUAAUUGUACGUGCACCUGAUCAUAAGAUAUAUCUUUAUUGCAAAGUAAGUUUAUAGUAAUUUAUAAUUAUACAGUGUAGAGUAAAACUAUUUUUUUUUUCAAUUGUAUUUUAGGGUGCAGACACUGUUAUUUUUGAAAGGUUAUCUAAAGAUGUAGAACAACAUAAAGAAACAACACUGAUGCAUCUUGAAGAGUUUGCCAAUAAUGGUUACCGUACAUUAUGUUUUGCAUAUACUGAAAUUUCAGAGAAUUUUUACACAAGUUGGAACGAAGAAUUUAUUAAAGCUUCUAAUGUGCUAACUAACCGAGAAGAAUCUAUUGAUGAAAUAGCAAGGUUAAUUGAGAAAGAUCUAAUACUACUUGGAGCGACUGCUGUUGAAGAUAAAUUGCAAGAUCAAGUCUGUUUGUCAAUAUCUCAGUGUAAAAUAGUUUGUUAUUUAUAAUUUGUGUUUGUAAAGGUUCCAGAAACUAUUGCAGCUCUCAUAAAAGCAGAUAUUAGUGUUUGGAUACUAACAGGAGACAAACAAGAAACAGCCAUUAAUAUUGGAUUUUCAACUAAUCUGAUUACUCAAGGGACAUCCUUAAUUAUACUCAAUGAAAAUACAUUAGAUGUCAGUGAACUAGUUGAUAAUUAGUUUUGAUUCAAUAAUAAUUAACAUUGUUGAUUUUCAGGAACUCAGAGAAUCAUUAAGGCAGCACAUAAAUGAAUUAGGACCCUCUGUGGGGAAACUUGAUAAUUCUUUUACGUUGAUCAUUGAUGGUCAGUCAUUAAAACACGCUCUUUCCCAUGACUUAAAAAUGGAUUUCUUAGAAUUGUGUAUGAGUUGUAAAUCUGUUAUAUGUUGUCGUGUGUCACCUAUGCAAAAAGCUGAAGUACUAUUAAAAAAUAAUGAUAUUUUUAUAUGCAUAAUGAUUGUAUUUUAUUUUUCAUUGUUGCAGGUUGUAGAACUUGUUACGACUAACACUCAUCAAGUGACUUUAGCAAUUGGAGAUGGAGCUAAUGAUGUAGCCAUGAUACAAAAAGCCCAUGUUGGCGUUGGUAUAUCAGGUGUUGAAGGUUUGCAAGCAGCCUGUGCAUCUGAUUAUUCCAUAGCACAAGUAAUGCAUUAUAGUAGUUAACUUAUUAUAGAUCUACAGGGUGGGGCACUGAAAUGGCCGAUUUUAAAAAUAGAUUUUUUCAGUAGUAAUUAAGAUAAUAAUUCUCACUAAAUAUUAUUAGUUCAAAGACAACAUGCCAUUUAAUAAACAUGGAACAGUGGAAUGCUGAAUAGUGUGCUUAUGGGAUAAAAUUGUUUUACAAAAAUAAUAACAGUUGCGUAGCCACACAGCAUUUAUUUCGACUACAUUUUAAUCUUAAACACCAUGAUUAGGUACCUGCUAAGAUUAUAAAUAAUAGAGAUUACCAACUUUGAAGAAACGGGUUCAGCAUUUAAAAAGAAGCCUGUAAGAAAAAAAACUAUUUGCACACCUGAAAAUGUCACUGCUGUUAGAGCCGCUCUCAUAAAGAAUUUAUGAAAAACAUUCUGCACGAAAACAUAUGUUAAAUUUGUCCAGUAGUAGUCUACAUUAGAUUUUACACAGCAACCUUAACUUUCACCCAUAUAAGGUGCAGGUGGCACAAGAAUUAAAACCUACAGAUUUCUAUAGUAGCACAACUUUUUGUUGAGAAAUACUAACCCUGAUUGAUAAAAACGAAAACUUUAUAAUAAUAAUAACUUUAAAAUAUUUGGAAGUCUAAUGAAGCAUAUUUUCAUCUUAAUGGUUUUGUGAAUAAGCAAAAUUGUCGUUAUUGGUCUGAAGAAAACCCUCAUCACCUUCAUCAAUGAUCUUUACACAGCAAUUGAGUAACUGUAUGGUGUGCAAUUUUAUAUUAUGGCAUAAUUGGCCCAUAUUUUCAUGAGGAAGACAAUGGACGGGUAACAAUUGUUAACUGAAAUCAUUAUGUCAAUAUGAUCAAUAAUUUUUUGGUCAGUGAACUAACAAAGUUUCUUCAAAAUGAUAAAUAUUGAUUCCAACAAAAUAGUAUGACAUCUCAUACAACCGAAGUAUGAAUAAAUGCUAUUCAACAAAUUUUUGGAAAUCGCAUUAUUUCCAAAAAUGGUAAUAAUCAUUGCCACCACGAUCACCUAAUUUAUCAGUAUGUAACUUCUUUUUGUGGGGAUAUUUAAAAAGUAAAGUCUAUGCACAGAAAUCUUGAAAUAUUGAUGAAUUAAAAACCAAAAUUAAAGAAAAAAUUGCUAGUACACCUUUGAAAGUGGUACACCGUGUAGCCGAAAAUAUACGAAGUAGGCUUGAAGAGUGCUUGAAAAAAUAUGGCCAUCAUCUUGAGGACAUUAUUUUUUAAAAAAUAAAUGGCAAGUUAUGUACUUCAAUAUAAUAAAUAAUAAUUUAUUUUUAUUUUUUUAUUUAUUUUAUAAUUUAUCUUUGAAAAUUUACCGUUUCAGUGCCCCACCCUGUAGUAAAUAAAUGUAUAAAUAAAAAUGUAUAUAUAGAAAUAAGGGUUAGGUUAAGUUAGUGUAUUAAUUAGUCAUGGAAUCCGAAUAUCCGGAUUUUCACAAAAAACAGCUAUUUAAGCCACUUAAAAAUCAUAUAAGUAUUAAAUCUUUUUACAGUAAAAAGGCUUUAGUUUUGUACCUAAGUAAAAUAUUUUUUAUGAAAAUGUAAAAAUAAAACACAAUACCAAAAAAUAAACUGCUUUUAGAUUUGGGGCUUAAAUAAUGUUUCAUGAAAAAUCAAGAUUUUCAAAUUUAUUUUUAUGCUUUUAUGUUCAAAAAUGCCCUAAAAAACUUUAAAAAUGUUUUUAAAUUCUAUAAAAAAAAAACAAUUUUGAGCAGCUUUGUGUUUGUAUAAUCUAUAUAAAUAAAACAAAGUUGGGUUAGUUACACCAUUUAUAAAUCAAGAAAGGCUGAAUUGAUUUUGAUGACCUGUAAUUUGUUGGAUUUGUUUUCGCCCCAAAAAACAGAAUAACUUAAAAUAUCGGGAAAAUUCACGUAAAAAAAAUUAUACGAGUUUUUAGAUUUAUUUGUUAUGAAUAUCUAAUUGUCUAUUUAUUGAUUUUGUUUAUUCAUGGGUUUGAUACAAGGGAUUCAAGGGAUUCACUGUUAAUUAUUCACAAUAGAACAUAUUUAGUGGACUACCCACUUUCCACCUAUUUGUUUUCAUUCAAUACUGACAUUACAGCCAAAACCAAAAACGAAUAUGAGUAAAUUAAUAAUAACAAUACAAAUUGGCACGGGCUGGGCGUAGGACAUCUAGUACAAUAUGUAAUGCUAAUUAUUAUUAGUUAAAAUAAAAUACUUAUAUUCAACUAGUAUUAUUAUAAUUUAUAACUUAUAAAAACCACAUCAUUAUAAAAAGUUUACAACACUAUUUCUUUCAUAUCAUUCUUAUCACUUUCACAACACUAUUCGAAUUAAGCAAACACUGAUGUCUGACAACUCUGAGUACCUAUUAAUCGAACACCAAUAUUAGUUUUGUAUUAUAACGUUAUCAAGGUUAUUUACAAUUAGAUUACCCUUUUAUCAGUAAUAUUAUUGAUAUUUUUGAAACUUUCAAAAUUACAUAUAGGUACAACCAGCUGGUCCUUACAAAAAAUGACUAAUUUUAAAAAUUUUUAUAUUUUUAAGCAAAAUAUAUAUAUAUAUAUAUAUAUAUAUAUAUAAAUGAUUAUAUAUAUAAAUAUGUAUAUAAACAACCUAUAAAAGGAAAAAUGUCAAAAAAAUGCUUAAAAAUCAAGAAAGUUAAAAAAAAUCAAAAAUAAUAUUUUCAUUUUUUAAAUUCUCUGAUGUGUGAAUCAAAUUAUGUACUUGGAAAGCAUUGUCCAAUUCCACCCACUAAAAAAUGUAUGUUCAUUAAAGUCUGGUCCUAGUCAUUAAAUAUCAGAUGUAGGCUUUCUUGUUUGAAGUGAAGAAGCUAUGUUUAAUAUACAUUUUUUAUUAAUAUUUGAACAACUUCUCUACCAGCAAAUUCGCUCUGAUUUAUAAUGGUAGCACUUUUUCUAAACAAAAUCUGACUGGGGAGGUACUUUAGGGAGGUCAUUUUUGAUAUUCCUAGGAGUUUCCCCAAUAAAUGGGUAAAAUCAAGAACAAACAUGGGAAAACCAGAGACAAUAUUAAACAUAUAUUAUUAAAAAAAAUUAUAUAAUUCAAAUAUAAAUUAUUUUACUCUAAUAUGACAUAAUAUAUAUUGUUGACAAAUCAACACUAUCAACUGAACUCUGCUCAGACUCUUUUUUCAUUAGCAGUGGUUAAUUGUUGCUUACAGAUACACAUUGAAUUACUUAUAACAGUGGCUGCACCAGUCCACAUUAUUCUAGGACAUCUUUUUUCCUCUGUUGGCACGUAAAAAUUUAAUGAUGUGAUGUCCAGAAUUUUUCAUUUUAUAAGAAUCAGGCACAAUCUCUUAUUGAUUGCUGUACAUUUUUCCAUGUUUGUUAAUAUUGAGUUCUCUACGAAAAGGCCUACAACAUUUAUACUUCUUUUAUUUCUAUUUUCCAUUUUUCAUUUUGUUUUCUGUUGAGAUUGUCCUAAUGCUUGGUUUUAGAUUCAUCAUGUUUUUUACAAGGUAGGGUUAUUAGCCCUAAGCUCAAUCCAAUCAAGAUCACCACGGUUUUGACUGACCAGGAUGGAGUAACUACUUUCUCUAUGCCAGUAUCUUCAUAUUUUUUAUUGAAUUAUAUUUCAAGAGUAAAAUAAUACUAACUAUUAAAACUACUAACUAUUUUAUUUGAUUAAAUUGUAUAAGUACUCCUAGAAUUUACAUUUGGAUAGUGGGCAACAAUUAUAAAUAUAAAUUCAUUACUAGAUACCAAUCAGAAUAAAAUCAGAAAAAAUUAAUAUCAAUAAUUAAAAUCAGUAAAAACCAAUAUCGAUAAGCGAAAAUUUAAAUUGAAAUCACAAAUAUUUAUUUUUAUUUCAAGCCUUGAGUUUAUAUUAAUAGUUAUAAAUGAAACAUUUUAAUGAUUGACUAACAUUCCUAGCCAUUUUCCCUAGGAAAUGUAUUUUGAAUUGAUAAUAUUAUCAUCAUUAACCAUAUCACCAAUAACAUAAACAUACACAGGGAUGUACUUACUAUAGAAACUUUAUGUACACAUUUGCCUACAGAAGCAAAUUUUAAUAUUGUUUAUCAGCUGUCCCCCCCCCCCUCUGGGUUGACCUUUUUCUUUUACAUUUUUAUUUUUUUGAUCUUUAACCUCAGAGUGCCUCAAUUAUAAAUACGCCCCUGUACAUUUAUAUUAUAUAUUUUAUUGUUUUAAUCUUCUAUGUUCAUUAAAUAUUAUGAUAAUAAUUUUACAGUUUAAAUUUUUGUUGAAAUUAUUGUUUGUUCAUGGUGCAUGGAACUAUAACAGAAUGUCAAAAUUAAUAUUAUAUAGUUUCUACAAAAAUAUUUGUUUAUAUAUCAUUGAACUCUGGUUUGCAAUUUAUUCUGGAUGGUCAGGUCAAAUAAUAUUUGAAAGAUGGACAAUUGGACUUUAUAAUGUUGUAAGUGUCAUAUUAAUAUAUUCAAUUAAUUAUUUUUCUUAUAGUAACAUUUAUCAAUUUUGUUUUUUUUUUUUUUUUUAGCUAUUUACUGCUGCUCCACCAUUAGUUAUGGGUAUAUUCGAUAUUGUGUGCACGGCCAACACUAGAUUAAAGUUUCCUCAGCUUUAUUCACAAACAUUGCACACAUUCAAUGUACAGAUUUUUUGGAUAUGGGUGGUUAAUGCUUUGUUGCACUCAUUUCUUUUGUUUUGGAUUUGCAUGUUGGCCAUGAAACACGAAGUUUUAUGGUCCAAUGGAAAAGAAGGCGGUUAUUUACUUAUGGGAAAUUUCAUAUACACAGUAAAAAAACCAAAACUUUUUUUUACACUACUUAUUUUGUUGCUGAAAUACAGCAAUAUGUAAAUACAUUAUCAUAUAUGUGUAUUUGUACUUUAGUUUGUUGUCAUAAUUGUGUGCCUCAAAGCUGGACUACACAUACAAUCGUGGUCUUUUAUUGUUCACAUAGCCAUAUGGGGUUCAAUAGCAGCCUGGUUUGUGUUUUUGAUCAUCUAUAGGUACGUGUAUUGAAUUAUUAAAUAUGUUCACAUAUUAUAAUUUAUAAUACUAUUAAAAUUAUAAGAGAGUGAAAAUCAAUUGUAUUAUAGAUUUAUAAGUAAAGCCUGGUUUUUUAUAUUUUUACAUAUUGUGACCUGGGUUGAAAAAAACAAAAACUGUUUAAAACAUUAAAAACAACGGUUUAACCAUAAAUUAUUUUUUUUACAUAUUUAAACUUAACUUUUUUAAAGAGUUAUUGAUUUUCCAAAAAUGUUUUUUUUUCUUCUAAUCUGUAGACACGUUUAUUCCUAGAAAACUUGCUCCUAUGUUUACGUAUAGCAACUUUUUUGAAAACUCAAUCAGUUUAGAUUGUACUUGGAGAAAUCAUAUUUUGAUUUUCCACUCCACUUUUUAAAUAAAAGCACUUAAGUAGGAAAACAUACAAUUUUACGAUUUCAUUAUUUUAUAAAAACAUUUAUAAAACAUCUUUUUUGUUUCCCUUUUGAUUUACUUUCUUAUGGUAUCAUCACCAAAAUUUUUGAACCACUUUUGAACUUAAGGAAUUUUAUUUUUGAAUAUUUUUUUACUAUAAUUCGGUUAUAAAUAAAUGUAGAAACUUGAAACUUGGUAAUAAUACAUAAGUAUUAUUACCAAGUUAGAUGAAUUAAUAAUGGAUGGAUUGGGCAAUAUCAUAAAAAUCAUAAAAUAUAUAUUCUUAUCUGUCUAUCAGUGAUCGUAAAUUCGAAUCUAUGAAUAGUAGAAAUAAGGAGACUAAACUUCUUUGGAUGCCUGUUAUAAAAAUGGAUGACAAAAAGUGCUUUAUUAUUCUGCCAACACAUUAUACAUUAUACUGUUUAUUAUAAUGAGGAUUAUGUACAGUUUUUUUGGUUUUUAAAAAAAAUUGAUUUAUUAUUAUUUUUUGUAUUAUAUAUUUUUUUAUAUAUUAUUAGUUGCAAAUUAUCUUCCCAAGUAGACCAAAUUAACAGUUAACUUAUAUCUGUUAACCUAAGUAGAUAUUAAUAGAUUAUAAUGAAUCUAUAUAUAAAUGGAUAUUUAAGAUAAAUAGACUCUAAAACUACUGGACCAAUUUUUAUUAGGUUUUUGCAAAAUGGUUCACAUUUUCUAAAGGGUUAUAACUAUUAAAACAAUCUCAAUAACAUGUAUUUUAAUUUAUUAUUUUUUUCACAUGUAUUAAAAUUUGGUUUUAAGUAUUUUUGUUUAUUUUAAUAACAUACUAUGGUGGAUGAUAAAAAUACAUAUAUUAUCAUAUAUCAUAGAUUUUCCUUAAGAUUGAAAAAUAAACUUAUUUCAUCCAAACAAACUUAGUAAAAUAUGCUCCAGAGGGUUUUUGAUUCUUUCAUCAGAUUGUCUUUUUUUGCUCAUUUCAAUUCUAGAAAAAAUAACAUUACAGACUUUAAUUUCUGAAGAAUUAAAUGUAGUUACUAUUUUUUCUUUAACAUCAAACUUAUUUACAAACAUAGCAUCUUUACCAUUUGUUGAUUAGGAUUAACACAAUAUGAAAUUAACUAAAAAUAUUGUACUGUUCUUUAUUACAAUGAGUAUGCACUUUAUAGUAAAGCAUUCAAACUAGAAUGAAAUUGUUGAAAAAAUAAAUAACCAAGUGCAGUAAAAAAUUAUCAAAAAUGUAAUUUAUUAUUAUUUAUUAGUAUACACUAACACAUUAUUUUAAAUGUUUAUUGAAUAAAUGUACAAUUUUUGUGUAAUAAUUAUCUAUCAAUAUCUACUUAGGUUAACAGAUAUAAGGAAACUGUUAAUUUAGUUAACUUGGGAAAACAAUAUGUAAGUAAUAAUAAAUCAUAUUUAAUUUGAAAUACUUAUUAUAAUACCUAAAAUGCAUAAUCCUCAUUAUACUAUAUAGCAACAUUAUUAAACCCCAGGUUCAAGCAAAAUAAUAUGAACAUUUUGUUGUAAUUGCAUUUGAUUCAUCAGUGCAAAAAAAUAUUUAAGACAAUGUCAUAAGUGGAAUUUUGGUGUUGUUUAAAAACUGAAUAUCCUCAAUUAUUACAAAAGAUCAUAUUGGCACUUACACCAUUUGGAACCACUUAUAUGUGUAAAGCGGGUUUCUCCUCUUAUUUAUCAACAAAACCAAAAUACUACCACAGACUUGUAAACAACAGAACCUGAAGGAGAAGAAAAAAAAAUAAACAUCAUUGUAAAACCAAUGCAUUCCUCACUCAGCUCAGAAUCUAUAGCUGUAUAUCUAUAACUGUCUAAAGACACUCUCCUGGUGGCAGAAUAACCAUGCUAAGAAAACUUGGUUCUGUAGGUUAAAAAAGAUUGAAAGAUUAAAAAUAAGGUUAUCAUGGAAAUGCAGAUUUUUAAAAAAGGUAGGUAAAUAGGUUUUAUCAACUGAACUCUGCUUAGAAUCAUUUUUGUGUAAACAAUGGAUAAACCAUUGAUAAACCAUUGUUUACAGGUAUACACUAAAUUCUCAUCUAUAUCCUACCUUCCCAACUUCCCACCUACAAUAGUGGCUGCGCCCACAUUCGAAGUAUGUCCAUCUUUUUUUUUUAAUAAUUUUGAUAAAGUAGAAAAGAAAAAAAUCAUAUUGUAAAGUAUAGUUAAGUUAGGGUUAUAUAUAUAUAUUGAUGUACAUUGAUUAUUUUUACAUGGUGUUUUAAUUUUUAAAAGAAUAUAGGAGAAUAUUUGUAAUUCUUUUUAGAGGAUCAUAUUUUAAAUAUUUUAAAAAUAAAAAUCUGGUCUAUACUUAUAAGUUAUAAUUGAUCCACUGUGUUUGAUUAAUGUCCAUUUCUGUUUUAGUCACAUAUGGCCGUUUUUACCUGUUGGUGCUGUGUUUACUGGUAUGGAUAUCAUGGUGUUCACAUCGCCCAUCUUCUGGGUUUUAUUGAUAUUCUCUGUUUGUGUUGUUAUGGGACUAGAUAUAACAGUUUUAUCGUAAGUAUAUUAUUUAGUUACAAUUAAAGCUUAGAUAAUGAAUAUUUUCAAAGUUUAAUUUGUAAUUUACAGAUUAAAGACAACUACCAAUAAAAGCUUGAUUCAAACUUUGAGAGAAAACGAAUUACAUAGUACUGACCCAAAUAACGUUGUCCAUCAAAGACAUAGGUUUGUGUGAAUUGUUAUGGUAUUCUACAGUAACCUAUAGCAUCCUGUUUUUCUCAAAAUACUUUCAAUGUACAAUUAUUAAUUACAACAAUAAAAUUUUUUACUGUGUAAAAGUGUUGUUAUUAACUAGUCAGUAAUAAUCUUUAUUCAUGAGUAAUUCAUAUAAUAGUUACAGUUGUAACAGUUACAUUAUACAAUUGAACUGUUUUUUAUACAAGAUAGUUCUAAAAUUAUAUUAUUAUUGGUAUGAUAAAAUCAAUACAAUUGUAUGAGGUGCCAUGCAUCUUUUAUAUAACAUAGCUACAACAUACCUAUUUAUCUACUAUGUAAAUGUUAUUUUAGUGUUGUGCACAUCAUUUUUCUUUAUUGUUUCUAGAGUAAAUGAAAAGGCACGUCUUCUUAAGAACGUAAAAAAUGUUUUCAGUUUCAAAUCUCGGUUACAAACAACCACGGAAGUUGAAAUGAAUCGUAAGUGUCCAAUGAAAGAACAUAAUGGGUUGCAAAUCUAGUUUUUGUGUUUUGACAUAUUCUGCAAGCAGAUUUUUUUAAUUGUUCCAUUGGUCGUAAUUAAUGUUUAGUGAUGUGAGUAGAGGUCAGUUAAUUCUUAUUGUUUUUUAGAUGGUUUUGCAUUUUCUCAAGAAGAAGGAGGCGCUGUCAGUCAGUCAGAUAUGAUUCGAGUGUAUAAUACAUGCUCACCUGCUCCGGAAGUCGUGUAAUAUUUGCAAACCACCCUGCCAGUAGUACAUAAUUAAUAAACAAUUAUAACUAUUAUAAAAAUAUAUUAUGUGUGUAUCAAGCACUUUUAGUUUUAUCAUCAUUUUGAUAGAUCACUCAUAAGUUAUGUUAUAAUAUUGCUAUGAUACUUGUAUA